GAGGAGGAACUCUCAUGAUUUUCCAUGAGCUAAUCUUGGUUUCUCACAGAGGAGGAAUUGAUUAUUACAAUGAAGUUAUGACUAACAUAUUAAUAAUAGCUGCAAUUGUACCGCACCUCUAAACAGGUAUUUAAAAAGUGCUUUGACAGAAGAAGUAAGGCAGAGCUCAGUGAAUAACUGUAACAGUAAAAACUCAACAGGUCAAGAACUAAAUGCAGCACUGUGAGUGUCAUCUAAAACAUCCAACAGCAAACGUUUAAAAAAACAAAACAAAAUUAAGGACAUACAGUAUGCUUGUUUUAAACAUCACUUUUUGUCCAUCAUUUGGUUUGUAUCACCCAUUACUGACAAAGCUUAACACUGCAGUACAUAAUGAUAUGCUGUAUGUUCAUCCAGUUAUGGAACAUAAGAUUGAUGUGGUUGCAUGGUAUUACAUCAGAUUUUAUUAUAAAAUUAUAUUUUUCCUUUUUUAUACGCUGCUCUCAGGGACAGCUGUUACAUGGGUUGGCAAUUUAUUGAAAGAAACAGGGUUUGUAUCCUGUCCUCUCCUGUCACAGUAUGACGGUUGGUGUGAUACACUCGUACCUUCAUGCUCACCUAUUAAUGUACCUUCAUAUAUACAUUAAUAGGUGAGCAGUGCAAUGAGCUCAUCAAGUUAACUAAGUGAAGGUGAUUUCGUCCAAUUCUUAUGUUCAUGCAGGCGUUAGCUAUCUUCUAUUGUGUGGCAUAAAUAAGUUGCGUAACCUGGUCAUUAAUGUAUGUGUGAAAAGAGUGAAUGAUGCAUCGGAUAAAGGCACUCCAAGAGGUCCAUGCACCGGCAAAACACCGCACCAUUUUAGCUGUAUUUUUAUGUCUUAUGUAUCUGUGUGUCAGACUAAGAGCAAUAAUAUACCCCAUCAGAAUUUGUUUGGUUCAGGUUUACAUAACUGUGACCAAUGCUCAAGUACUGAACAUGAUAGCAAUAAUACAUAAACCAAACAUACAGAAGAUUGUACAUAAAUACAAAAUUCAUCACACAAAGUCUUCUCACUCACUUUUUAUCUGCUGGCAGCUGUCUGCUUGGCUUGUGCUCAGAAAGUGUUGGUUUGUAGAUUAUUUCUAUUGCAGUAAAAGUACAUAAAGCGCAUAGCUCUACUGUUCCUGUAUCCAUGCUUUACUGCAUAGCAGUUUAGCACACCUUUCAUGAUUUCAUCCAUCCUGUUUACUGGAAAUAAUAGACAGUCUGUUGUUUGUUUAGAAAAGUAGAUUGUGACAUGUGAGAUAGUUGAGCUGUUAACUCAGUCGAUGUGGAUAGAUAAUAAAUCUGUGGUGUUUCUAUUUAUAUGCAGAUAUGAAUAUUUGCAUGAGGCAAUGAAUACAGAUGGGAAAGACAGCUCAUCGGUGAAUAAAUUAGCUGCUUAUUUUAGUAAAAGUAGCAACAAUUGUGUGUAAAAAACAGGCCAUUAUAACUCCCAAACUAAAAGUCUAUGAAUGUAGUAAAAGUAAGAUAAUUCAAAAUAAGUGGUCCUUACUCAAAACCCCAUCUGUGCUGUAUCAGAAGCUAUUUAUUUGGAUUUAAUUGUGCUGUAACAUGACAGCGAACAAAACUAAUCUUUAUGUUAACAUCUGUCAUCUCUCUCUGCUCACAAGAUUUCUAAUGCCUUUUAGUGCAGUGUAAAGUAUAAUUUACUGUAGCCAAUGAUUAUUCUAUGAAUAUGCUGGUUGGUGCACCACAUACCAAGACUUCCGCUUACUUUUCAUUCUAAGAUUACACAAAGAUACACUACGCAAUUUGUACAGCAGUGUGUUUUGUUCUGGCAUUUGAGUAUUCUCUGAACAUUGUGUAGCAGCGGCCUUGGUAUUUCAGAAAUCUUCCGGUAGAAGGUCUUUUGAUAAGGACUCAUCUGGUUUGUGUAAAUUUGUUCCCAGUGUAACGCUGACAAUCUAAGAUGGUGUGUUAUUUAUCAUAAAUGUUGUGUGUCCGUGUCCAUGCAGCUCUGAAGAACAUUUUGUCACAAAUAAAAAGUAAAAAAAUGACUUCUCUGAAAAUAAUCCAUACAAUUACGCUGUUAGUUGUGAAUGUUAAGACUCCUGUGAAAAACCUCAGUUUGUGUUGAUUUUUGCACCCCGUAGACAAAGAGGUAUUUCAUAUCUCUGCUGAUUUGUCCUGCAUAAAUGUAGGUUGUUUUUUUAACAGAAAUAUCUUGUACUGCUGCCUUUUGUCAAUAUAAAGCACAACAAACCAUUACAAAAGGCUCUUUUGUGCAGAGGAUUGUUUAUCACUUCAUAUGACGCCUACCCCUCCAGCAGCAGUUUCAGGUGUUGAAAAACUAAAAAGAAAAUUCCUGUAUUAUUGCAGGUGGUCUUGUAUGGAUUGUAGGUCAGAGAGAAAAGUCAACAUUCAUUUCAAUCAGUUUUGUUACCUGUAAAAAAAAAACCUUAAGUGUGGUAAAGGUAAGUAAAGAAAAUAGCCUUUUAACCAUUUCAUGAAUACAACUAACACAAUAUUAGAUUAAACUGAUGUUACCUCUUCAUUUAUGUAAGAUGGAUGAUUUUAUUCAUUACCAAUCGCCAACCAUGUUUGUCGUUUACCCUAGAACACUAUCCCUGGGUGAUUUUCACCCGACCAAACGUGUUUAUGUGAUUUUCAUGAUGCUGCGUUUGUCUGAGUAUCAUGUGCCCCUGGGUAGCUUCAGCAUUGCCGUUGACAUCUUUGAAGGCAUAUUUGUUUCCCUGAACCAAAACCUGCUUUUUCCUACAGGUAUGUGCUCAGGUGAUUUUCACCUGGCAAUAGUGAUAGAGGGUAAAGUAGGUUUGGGUGGAUUUGAUAGCUGCAUAUGUAGGGAAUAAGGUCAGUCAGAGUGGUCCUGGAAUUUGCAUGCUAUCUUUAUUUGAUGCAGUGAUUUUCAAGGGAAUUUCAAGGGGAUUUUCAAGUGAAUUCAUAUGGUGAUAAGAAAUAUUUUAGUCAGCUGGUCAUUUUUACUCACUCAAAAUCUGCUAUAUUUUGUUUCUCUCUCCUGUAGCUGUUUUUUCCCCUCCCUUUGGACAUUGCACAGUUAAAGAUAAAAGAAAACUACUUUAAUUUGUCAUGUAUUGUUCUAUUUUGAUAUAUUUUGAUGACACUUUUUCUUAGGUAUAUUAUUUCGGGGAAAAAUCACCUGGCCAUAGUAAUGGUGUUACUAAUUUUAGCGAUAGUGUUCUGGGGUUAAUGUAUUAAAAAUUUACUUUAUGUACAGUAAAGUGGGUGUUACAUAACACCUUCUUACACUGUAUUUUAUAAUAGCUUCACUGCAGUCCUCACAGUUGUAAAGUUGUACUCGUGGUUGUUUGAAGUUUUAUUACUCCUCUCUCCAGGUGUGUCAGUCUUCAGGUAAGACUGACGUCACUCCAGGUUUUUCCUCCCUGUCCCAGGAUGUGUCCAACUUCUCCCAACGACAAUUCACACAGGAAGUCCCGCCUCCCAACGCAGCCGAUUGGGCUACAGUUGAACCGAACAUGCAUUGUUCCCGUCUGACUGGCUUCUCCGCCUGUCAAUCGAAAUGUGAUCAGAGUUUGCGGUUAGGCGUCAGGUGAAACUCGUCUGUGUGAGGAAAAAAGGGACAGAUGAAAACUCACUUCGUCGAACUUUCUGGAAAGUUUUUUUUGUAUUAUUUAUGAUUAGGACUACCAAAGGAAACUUUUGAAACCAGGAACCAACAUUUAACAAGAUGAAGAGCCUCAAGUAUCGAUUGAAAAAGCACGAAGUUACCAUCACUGUAAGUUUUUAAAAUCUGUUUUGAGCUAGGUUUUGCCAUUUUACUCACCUGCUUUCUGUUAAACCGUGAAUAUAAAGCGUUGAUAACACUGGCAGUUGUGUUUGGACACCGCGGGGGUUACCGUGUGUAACUCUGACCUCUUGUCCCCUAACAACCACAUUAUCCGCGGUUAUGUUCCCACGGAGCCUGCUGCUGCUGCUGUUGUGUGGCUGGAAAACACACCGCCAGCAACUUUCAGCACCUGCACCUCUGCGCAGGGUCUGGAUGUAAAGUGACACUGUUAAACUACACUGCCUACAUUCAGGUUGGUUUUAUGGGAUGGUCUUAAUCUAAAGCAGCUGACCGUCUUGUUCGUGGUGAAGCGUGGCCGGGCAGAAAGCAAAUCAGUGCAGCAGUGUGGUGUCUGUCUGUUAUGAGCGGGCUCUCCAAAACACUGAGCAGCAUGUGUGUUAUCAAGAUCAUACUCGUGGCCUGUAGAGGAUGGGGUCAAAAUAGGAUAUCCCUAAUUGAACAGCCCCCAAAUGGAUGUUAGAUCCCUUACAGAUUGAAGAUUUACACGUUUAUGAGGAGUAAUAUUCAUGUUAAAAACUCAAAUUAAAUUUCACUAUCAGUUUCAUUGCUGAUUAAUUGGAGAAAAUGUCAUUUGCACUUUUGCAGAACCCUAUAAGAUACUAAAAACAGCUUCUUAUCUCUUGAACAACAGUCCCAAACUCCCUCCAAAUUCUGACUCAUGUAAAGAAGAGAAGUGUGCUUUAAGUAGCUGCAGUCUCAUCAUUUCUUAAAACUUGAAUUCCUGAAUUUUACCUCUGCAUUUCUGCACUUUUUAAGUCGCCUAUUAAAAUGUUUUAUAUUGAGGGGAAAGCAGCAGAUUCUCCCCCUGAAAGCCUGACACAAAGGUCAUUACACAUUUGUGCUUGGGGAAUGGCUUAAAAAUAACUGAAUCACCUGCUGGUGAGUAUUCGACCUCUUGCUGUGGUUUUAAAUGCAGAACAGAUGUCUGAACUCGGGGAAGGAGGCUCUAGUAGGUCGAGUUUUUAAUCUUUGAUCAGUGUUAACAAUUUGAAAGAGAUGUUCUUAGAAGAAGCUUUAACAAAAACAAACAUUACGACCAUAUAAAGGUCACAUUAAUUGCAGGAUUGCAUUUGCUAUGAGCUUGUUUACUUCAUAAACUGAAAGUCUUGUGGAUGACCUUGUACUAAAGAAACACUGCCGUGAAUACAGAAUGCUGAUAAACAGUGCAAUGUGACAUUUCUGUAGAAUUUGUGACAAUUAACCUGUCAUGGGUCCUGCUCCUCCUUAGUCGCUGUCACAAGCCAGACAAAAAUGAAAAUGCUACUGCUGGUUUCUUCAAGACUAAGAACUGAAAGGAGAACCAGAACUGAUAUUAACUUUUAUAAACAUGGGAACAAACAGGCGAAAGGAUGUUCAGGCUGUCAGCGUUACUCAGGACCUGCUGGGCAUAUGUCUGCUUUUCUCCCCUGACUCUACAAUAGUUUCUAAAGCCUUGAAACCAGUACACAGUAUUAUGCAGAAAUUUAAUAUAUGUUGCAUGUUUUGUUUGUUUCUUUUUUUCUUUUUUAGAGUUGAAAUGUACACCACAUCUUUUUCACAGUCAGGGUAUAAAGUGUUGCUCUUGCUCUUGCACCUUCUCCCAAGUUUCACUGUUUUUACAACAUAGACCAGCCUUGCAUUUGUUGUAUCUCGCUAUGACAGAUAAUGGCACAGUGCACACUCUGCUAGGUACUAACCUGCCUAAUAUUUGUUGGAGGGGUGCGACCUGGGAACGCUUAAUUAGCUGCCAAGGCUUCAUGGCACCAUGGCUACAGUUUGAGCCCCUGCAGGAAUGUUACAGUGAUUUUGUGUCCAACUUAAGUCUGCAUGUGUUACAACAGCUCACAGUCCUGUAUAAACAACUCAGAACAAUAUAUGAUACUGUGUGUAAAAGAAUCAAUACAUGCCUCUAAACCGUUGUCUUGUCACAUGCCAUAAUAAGAGAUUCCUUUUUCUUCCCGAUUCAUAAACAUGUCCACUGAACUUUCCCGAAUAGACAGUCAUUACAAUUCUGCACAGUUCAACAUGCAGUGGGUGUUUGGCUCUGCUCUCUACUCUCCGCUCCCAGUAAUUACCAUGAGAAAGGCACAAAGCCAGAAGAGCAGUGUGUGGUAAACUAUCUAGCCCUAUUUAAAGGGAGCAGCCUUUCAGGAGUGAAAUGGUAUUGUCUGCAUUGAUAGUUGCCUCACCUCUCUUGCAAGAUUGCAGAGACAACCAUUUAAAACUCCAUCUGUUUUUUCCCCUGCAGCAUUUUCAGCAUUAUUUGUCUAAAAAACAAGCUCAGGAGAAUCUCGAGAAGUGCAUUGUGGAGGAAAGUGACAUGACAUUUACGCAGGACUGAGUGAUGAUUCCUGCUACAUUCCUCUGAAAAACAGACAGAAUAGAAGAAACUUUUGAGAUAUCAAUACAGGUGAACCGCUUCCCUCCCUAUUCAAAGCAGAAAAUGAACACAGAAUCAUCAUUCAUCAGAUUUCACACCAUCAGCACUUAUUUUCAGUUCAGAAAAAAACAAAUAGAUCAAACCAUUCAUGAUGUUACAGAAGAGGAGGGGAGUCUCAGUGUGAAAUUUUGUGAUGCAUGUUUUUCUUGCCACAGUGCCUGGGAGAAAAACUCACUCUUUCCUGGUUUGGUAACUGAUUAAAAAUCAAGAAAAAUACACAGCGUUUCAUAAGAGGGACAAGAGAGGGGGAAUGCAAGACAAACAAAGUUUAUCCGUCCAGGGAAAACAAAUCUGCAGAAGAAACUGUAUCCUCUUUCACUCCUACAGUGUAAAAGUCUUAUCUUAUCUGCAGAAGUAAGAACUUAUGGAUUUCUUUUGAAUUUUUAAGCAAAUAAGCCAGAAACCGACCAUGACACAGACUACAAGAUAUACUCUUCCUUGUUUUGUGUCAGUCUGUCAUUGUUCUUCUACCAGGUUUACUGUUUCAAGUUCAGCAAAAGCACAUUUUUUGGCCUAAUCUUAACUUCUCUGCCAAACCAUUCUAGCUGGACACGUAAUCACCAGGAAGCAAAUGCCAGGUUAUUUUCUUAACACCACACAGGAUAAGGAUUGGAGUGUUGGCUCAGCUUUGCACAGGCAGGGCUCCAGUUUUUGUUUGUCUUGUUUGGAAGAUUAUUUUUCUUUUCAGGGUGAUUAAUUACAAGGCAAACCAUGACGUACACAAUAAACUUAAAAGACUUUGCCAUUAAAAAAAAAAACAGAUAAGAAUUUGAUAAACUUUUCUGAAAACUUUAGUGCUGCUUUAUAGUUGGUUACUCUAGCUUGUUGACAGUUUGACUUAAAAGACCCGCAGAAAGCUUUUACUUCACUUUUAGCAGCUGGUGUACACAAAAUAAUCUUGCCAUCAUAGCUUCCUGCAGUCAUCAUGCACCUCAUACUUAUCCUGCAUUUUCGUUGAAGAAAUUAAACCUCAACAGUUCUGCGCUGGGCCUCAAAACCAAAGAAAAGACCCUGUAAGACCCUCCAGUAGAGCUCAGUGCUGUGGUACAUUAUGCAGCCCAUAUUUCACAUUCAGUCACUACAGAUAACUCUUUAUUUAUUCUUAACAGCCCUGAUGAUUUUUGAUUCAAAAUGUUGUUAUAUUGUUAGAAAUGAAAGUGGUAUGUGAUGGCCCUUUUCAUACAUGAAAACAGGAGACGGCAGAAGAUGUAGUCUGAAAAGACUUGUUUUGUUCUAAGUGAGCGAGUGACGGGGGAACUUAGCAUUUUGAGAUUGCCCACCAGUAGUUAAUGAGAAACUGAUAGUAGAAGGGACAUCAGUGUGGAACUUCAGCCACUACUUAAACUUUAUUGCACAUACACAGAAAACGGUAUUACAGCAACCAUUAUACAGGGACCUGCAGUAAAAGGAAGGAUAGAUAUCCUCAAAAGAGUGAAAAGGCCAAAACGAUUACCGCGGAGGUUACUGAAUCAAUCGCUCUGGACAACUAAUCUAUUGGAUCCACACUUUGUCUUGCCGUCUUGACACUACAUCUCCCUGACCGCUGUGCCAAAGCUGUUCAAUUACACCGAGACAACAUCGAGGGUGAUUUAAAACAUGAUGUGACUGUUAGUUUAAUAACAGACAUUUGGAGCUCCAGUGUCAUUGCUGAGCUUCACUGCGCACUGAGGUGAUCCAGGUCAGCUGAUAUUAUAAUCCAGUUUGUGUCAAAUAUAAAUGAAAAAACAUACAAUAAAAUUAAAACUGAAUAAAGGGGGAAAAAUAAUGUAGGAGGAUUUAGUACCGACAGACAUUCAUCAUUAAAAAUCAGAUGAGGAUCAGAACAUUCCUAACCAGCAGUGUCUGCAGACAAAGAAAUUCUCAAAUUUUUGGUAACCAGGAGUUAGUAUUUUGUUUCUUCAGUAAAUAAACAGGUAAUGAUAGCCUCAGCAAAACGUGUCUGUUCAGACCUUGUAUCUACAGAGACUGGAGCUCUAUGAGGAAAAAAUGAGAAACUGGAUUUCUUGGUUGGUUCGGGGAUUAGCCUGAGCUGUCACAUACUCAGUCUGUUGUCACAACAAACAUCUGCUCUUUUAGGGACUUGACCGUGUUUGUGUGGCAAAAUAUACACAUAAAAUACACAGUAACAUACAAAUAUAAUGAAAAAGACAUACAGUUCUUGCUUGUGUCUAGUGUGAGGUAGAUCCUUCCCUUUGCUAUAAAUGAUUUAUUUUCAAGCCCAGAUGAAAUCUGUCUUCUCUAUAAACUCAAAGUAGAACCUGGUGGACUGCAGUGAAUGAAAAGAACUAGUCUGGCUUGUGUUUCAUUUUUUAGUUUAUUUUUCAUGUCCCAAAGAUCCAUCUCUCAAGCUUUUUUAAAACACUACCGGCUGAACAGGAACAAGGAGUUCUGUUUUGUUAAGCACUGAAUCCAUAUGCAGGAGUGAUUCACAGCCUAGUCAUCUGUUGUGAUGGUGCAUUUCGAUGUGUCAUAUCUGAAUAUUAAUGCUGAAUUACUAAAAGUGAAGUUUGGCCAUGGGUUAAGGAAAAGAUCCUCAGUUUGUGAUCUGCAUCUGGUUCCAGGUGUAGAUAGGUACACACUUUUUUUUCGUGAUAAUUCGUCUAACUGUGUAAAUAAAGAGCAGCAAGUGAAGCUCUGCUGUUGUUUUUGUGGGCUGAUACAUUAAUAGACUGCCUGUGAUCGGCUUGCUGCUGUGUGACCUGUGCUACAGCUGUGCCUGGAGGAUGUUCAGGAAAAAAAAAACACCUCAACCGUUGUCUGUUUACAAGUGAUGCUUUGUCUUUAUGCAACACGCUGUUUACUUGAGAAAGUACAGUGAGGAAAAACUAUGUGUGAACUCAAGAGUGGCGGUAGUGAUGUACAGCACAGAGUCAGGCCUACAUAAUAAAAGAAAGUAAUGUGUGAGAACAUUGUUCAAUAUAAAGAUACUCUCAUGAAUUGUGUUGACUAAACCAUUAUUCAAAAGCACUUGAUAGCUGUAACUCACUGUUUCCACAGUGUGUCUGUCUGCUGUUCUUUCUUUGUGUUACCAACAUGUCUCUUCCGAACUCGUAGGAAAUCACAAAAGCUGAUUUUUCUCUACUAAAUUGGCACAAUCAUUCCCACCUCAGGUCUCCACUCAGUAGAUAAAUUGUGCAUCGGCUCAAAGUGAACGUCGCUUGUCUUGUUUACAUAAAAUCCCUUAAUUAUUGCUAAUUCAGACUCUCACAAUGAGCUCAUGGUGAAUGCUCUGACCCUGAUGUCAAUGAAAUUGUUGUCAAUUGUGUAGCUCUCAAAUAGUUUUCUUUUUCUAGUGGCUGGAGUUUUUGAUCUUCUUAACCCUGAAAUAAAGCAACUGGAGGUUUGAAAAAAAGUGUCAAAAUAUUCACCCUUUUGUCAAAAUCUGCUUUUUGUUAAGAAGAAAAGCUCUUAAACACAUUUUUAGACUGAUCCCACUUUACUUUUGGUUUGUAACACUUAAUGCAACCUCUUACAUAGAAAAGGGUUUGAGUAAUGUGUAAAUGUGAUGUGGAUUAAGUGGGUUGAAAUGAAAGUCAUUCAGAUCCACACCCUGCUGGACCACAGGCAUUCAGGAUUAAUCAUCAGGGACAUGUUGAAGUUUGUGCAGCACACCCUGUGGUGUAAAAAAUAAUCGUCUAUGCCAGCUAAUGAUAAGGAUCCCUGAUAACCAAUGUGCUUUUCAGAUAAAUCAUAAUCUGGUUAUGAUUGACAGGCAUUUUCUGAUAAAGGGACUUUAAUGUUCGACUGCAUGCUCCAUGAGAUUCCAAUCUUCCAGUCAGUUUAUUUAUAAAACCAAUUCAAUACAAGCAUUAUCUCGAGACCAGAAAAAGUUAUAUUAUGUAUUUUCAGUCACGUAUUUCAAAAUAACCUCAGGAUUGAAAUGAUACCUGUGUUCAUAGUUAUGAAAAGGAAGUCCAGCUCUUAAUGCAAAUAUGUUUUCGUAUCACACAAAGAGCUCCUUCUUUCUCCUAUGCAUGUGCCAUUUAAACUUAAUCUGACAGAGAGACAUAAUUCUGUCAGGAUGAUUCUAUUUUACAAGUCAGAUAAUAUUUGACAUAUCUCACUGAAACUGAUGCUGAGCAGAAUCACUUUCACCUCAUUAUAAGAGCGGUUAUGUGAGGUGGAUAAGUGGUUUUUCAAUAGUUAAAGCUCGCUUAUGUGUUGGCUUCUACUUCAUCUUGUAACUUGUGUGCUUGCAACAUAGGAAUUGUGGGGAAAUAAUUAUUUGAGUGUUUUUUGUUAAUUUAAAUGUAUGCUGAGUCCAGAAAUUAUGGGCCUGACUGCUUUCUGGAGAACUCUGAUAAAAAACAGAUACUGUGGCAUGCAAACAUGAUUCAUUUGAUCUCAGAAAUCAGAAACUUUGAGAUAAGUCAUCUUAAGUAGGAAUUCCAUUCCAACCAUUCAAGUAAACUGGAAUCUAAUGCUGCGUUUGAAUUACUUCGGAAGUCAGAUGUCAGAGAUGAAAAUGACGUACCACCUGAGUUGUCAGUGUUUCAGUUACCAAGUUGGAAAAGGCAAAAUCGGAGGCGGAAACAAGAUGGCUACAUCUAGGAAGGUUAUUUUAGCGCUUGCCUUGUCUUUGUUAUAUUUGGACAAGGCAAGCGCUAACUUUUGUAGAUGUAGAGGGCGAUUUCUUGCCCUGGAGCACUUAAUCAGUGAGACAUCUUUAGACCUGAAUCCUGGUUCUAGACAUGUUAGAUACCUUUGGUCUAAUCUGGGAUUAAUCAUUAUAUGUAUGAAUUUAACCUUCAAUGCCUAACCUUCUUGGUAGCAAGAUGUGUUGAGCUAAAUCUGCUCACUGCUUCAGUUGUUACCUUCAACAAGGAGUGAGGGUGAGAGGUUUUUUCUUGAUGAUGUUUAAGUAUUUUUUUUGUCCACAUAAGCACUUCUGCCUGCAAUAGAGCGCCAGUGUUCUUGCCAAUAAUUAUGUUCUCUGCUGCUCCUGUUUUAGUUUGACAACUCCUAUUCUUGAACAGUUUUGUUUGUCCCGACUGUAGUUUUCGAGAAUAUUUCAGGAAACAUAAUUUGGUGAGGUUCAGACUUGUUAGUGUUGUCCUGGUGUGCCUGCCUGAUUAUCUGCUUCGAACUAAAACACGGAGUGUCUAAACUUGUCAUUUGGUUUGGAAAACGCUUAUCAGUGGAGAGUUGGUACUCGCCUGAUGAAAGGCUUCUCUCAGACAAAGACAUGGUAUGCUGUAAUAAAGAGGGUGAAUCAAGGACAAAGCAUUCAUUAAAAUAUCUGCUGCCCUGCAAACACCGUAUGUGAAUCACAGCUUGGAAAGCAACAAGGCUAUUUACUUCAUGUGUACCUAAAAGGAACAUUGAUGUUCCUGCUGCUUGUUUUUUUUUUCCAUUUACUUGAAUAGUUUUACAAUUUAGGAUUCCUGUAUGUUUUCCUGUUUCCUGUCCUGAUCACACCUUUUCUUUUCUUUUCUUUUACUCCUCUCCCCCCAGGGCCAAGCACCUGAAGGGUGAAAUGUUAGAGUCUUCCUCACCCUUGAAGUGGGUGGUUUUAUUUUACAAAGUAGAGAGGAGGGCGUGGAGGAGCUGCUGAUUGUAGGGUAGGGUAGAGGAGCCAUUGAGGGUUAGACUGAAUUGUUUGGAUGUUGAACUCACCUCUGAUUCCAGUAGGUUUUUCUGUUUGUUUGUUUGUGUUUUCAAGGAGAAUGAUGGGGGAGCUGGUGGCUUCAAGAUCGAUUGGUUAUUCUCAUACAACCCCCUAGUUGUUGAAAGCCCCAGUAUUGUGAAUAGCAGCAAUAAUUUCAUUGCAGUUUUUCAGUGGCCAGUGCUGAUACCAAUAACGAGGGAGCAGGUUGGCUGAUGGCUGAUAUACAAUAGAAUGCCGAUAUCACGUUGUUUUUGUAAAUAUAAUAAUGAGUAAUAAACAAUAUUGCUGAAUUCAGGUGAAUCUUUAUUAAAUAAAUAUAGUUAUACAGUUAAGUGUUAGGCUGAGUAAAAUCGUCACAAGGGAAUUUUGAAAUUAAGGUAAAUAUUAAUGAUAUUGUUAAACUGCAGUCCCCUAUGCAUCAUAGUCAUCAGAAUUUAUAUCAAACACUGUCCAGUUCAGGAUUUGAUAUACUAUCAAGUGCAUUUUCAUUUGGGAAGAUAAUGGUGAUAUCGGUCUUGUGAGGGCCAAUGUCAGUGUGACUUUGAUGACUUUAAAAUGCCAAUUAAUGGCCAAAUUAAUCAACCAAUUGAUUCAAUCUAUCCUUACAUCACAGUAUUGCAUUUGUAUAAAAUUAUGUUAGAUCUUUGUUGUAUUUCAGAAGACAUAUUGAAUAUAAAGUCUCUGCUGUUGUUUACAUGGUUGCCAUUUGAACAGUGUGUGAUCCACUUAAAACCCAUAAUAAUUGUUUAAAGUUUCACAUCAACACUUUAACUUUAAAAUUGUACAAAGAAUCUAAAUAAUUGUAAAUCGAUUGAUUACUGACUUUGUUGUCAACGGUGUGUUUUGCAUCACAGCAGCUCCAUUCAAGACAUAGAAAGUACAAAUAAAGAAAGAUACACCCAUCAGAAACAACAUUUCAGCUCCAAGCAGCAGGUCCAGAGGCCCUCAAUGUACUUUUGAUCCGAGAUUCAGCUCCAUUCUUCUUUACCGAUCUUUGUAACACAUUUGUGCAUAUAUUUUUUUUUAUUUUUAUUUUUUUUUCAAAAUGAUGAAGUGCAGACAUUUCUCUUACCCUCUAUACUCACAGUAUCAUCAGGGGGCGGACAUGUGAAUGUAAAUGACAUUUGAAAUGGUUUGUGUUAACAUACAACCAACGGCACUAUUUCUAGCUUGUGUGCAUCAUCAAGACAGAACUCAUUAUGAUAGUUAUAUUUCUGUCUCCAACAUACCUGCAAUUGCAUGCAAUUUGAACUCCGGGCAGUUUGCCUCCAGCCUCCUUCCUAUAUUAUUCAAAAAUAGUGCACCAAUUUGGUAAAGAAUUACUGAUAUAUUCUACCAGCAGGCACAUGUGAUGAAAAGCUCAAAAGACGUCAUGUCAGAUAAUUCAAAAAUAAAUACUUUCGAAACACCAAUACUGGAGCAGGACGGGAAAUGUACUGCUUUUAUGAAAAUGACUAAUAUCCUUGACUUUAUUUUGUAUCAUCCUCCCCCUGAGGAAUCUUUUUAUAGAUGAUGAAGAGUCUUUGAGGCCCCUGUGCACUUACUGAAUAUAAUUGGACUUAUAACUUCCUACAGCAAGUUUAGGCUUUAAAUUAGAAGGGCAGAUGGGGGUUUAAAGGCUUUAGAAACAGACUCUUACUCUCUCUUUCCUUUUCAAAGUUUGAGUUUGUUUGCUGUUUAAUAUUUAAUUUGGUAUCGAUUGAAUGUUUAUUGAGUACACUCGGUCAGAAUACAAGGCUGUUUGAAUUUCACUUGAUAAUAAUCUGUAAGAAUGAAUUACUGGACCGUCUGUUGUUUGGUUUGAAAAGAUGUUUUUUUUUUCUUGGUCCACAAUGAAGCAAAGAUUGCUGUACAUAAAUAAAAUAACUGUCACUGUAACCACUUUUGUUUUUCAGACACUUUUCCAUUCAAGUACUGUGUUGUGUCUCAUAGCAUGGAGGCUCAAGAGGUUAUUCAUGACUUCUUUACAGAACAUAAUCACCUUGUUGACCUUUAUGCUGUUGUACAAUACUGCCUUCCACUUUAUUUUGACUUGAAUAAAGACAGCUUUAUUCUACCUGCCCUUUCAAUGAAUAUAUAGAUGGCAUUGGCUGACUUGCAGCAGACUCUCAACAAUAAUGAAAGAGAGACUUUUCCUUUCAAGGAUGCUGAAACUGCAAGUGGUGAUGGAUUAGUUUGGUGACCUAUGUCCCUCGUGGGUUUACCAUAAAGACAUAUGUUCCCAAGUUGACAGAGAUCCUAUACAUAGAGUACAUUAAGUGCACUAUCCGAAAGAGAACAUUUUCUGUCAUGCAGUAGCAUAAUAGUCAAAGCAUUUGCCCAAGAGGAUUCACGUCUGUGCAGUUGACAACAGUGAUAUGUACAGGAUGAUAGUUUGUGUCAUAAGCGCAUGCUUACAAGUUGAAUAAAUCUAAUUAAAGACAGUAUUAUACUCUGUGAAUGUACUUUUUAAAAGUGUGUACUGGCAGACCAUGUUCAAAACUGCUUGUCUAUAACUUAUCUUUUUCUGUAUAUGCCUGAGGAUUAGGGCUGUCACUAUUUUUUAAAUCGACAGUUGAAGAGGGACCAGGAAAUGUAGGGAAGAGAGGGUGGACAUGCAGCAAAGGGUGGAGGACUGGAGUCGAUGCAGCAACCAUUUCAACAAGGACUCUAUACAUGGGGUGCUAAAAACUGCUAGGCUAUCAGCGUCUCAGGGCUUCACUUUUUACUUAAAGUCCAAACCGUCAUUUGAACUGUGCGUAAAAGUUUUUUAUUCAAACUGUAAUGAGUUGUUUGAAUCAUAAUAAUACAGUUUGGCAGCAUGUCAGGUAACCUGAAGUAGAUUGUGUAUGAUCCAGUAAAGAGCGCUCUCAGUCUGACCUCGCCAAUCCACGCACUCUUGACCUCAGUAAACUAAUACAGUAAUGUUAUCCUUAAAAAAAUGGAGGUCAUGGUCGCUGAACCACACAAACUUUUGCACGUCUUUUUUCAUAUUUGUAAGAAGUUAAUUUUUUGAAAAUCUAUUUCCUGCCUCUUUUUUUAUUGUCUAAUAUUACACCCACUGUGACUCUUUUCAACAGAAACCAAAGCCCCUUGUGGUCCGUCUGUCCCCAACAUACCUGUGGAAGUAACAAACUAAAUACAACUUCAUACAAUGUUGUCGUCUUCCUGAUUGUAUUGCGAGUUAAACACAAACAUCAGUAUUAAUAUCAGCCUGUUCAUGAUGAGUUUACAACUCCUCCUCGUAGGUGAGAAUAGCAAGACGUGUGAUGCUGCCAAACUCAUGAGAGAUACCGACAUGUUGGAGAUCACUGAACCCAUCAGGGGGUCAGGAAAAAAAACAAACAUCAGUUGAUCUCAUGGCUCUGUGGACAGUAGUAGCUGGUAUCUUAGGUCAAAGAUUCCCACUGAGCUCUCUAUUCUUUGUUUGUGUUAAUUAUAACCAGUUCUGCAUGUUUUUCUAAAAUAAUGUAAAUCACACUGUAUUUGUUCACAUAGGCGUUGAACAUGUAUUCACUGUUGGAAGUCCACUCUCAGACAGGAUCAGCAAAAGUUUAUUUAAGGUUGGAUGUUGUGGUGGCUGCAGAGUAGGAGGUAGCGUGACGGUCUGUGUUUUUAGGAUUAGCGUCUGGCUCCAUGGGAGCAGCAGGCAGCCAUGAGGUCAUCUCAGCGGUGUUAUCCGCCUGUGUUCCCAUGCUAGACCGGUGACGGCCCCCGUGGAGUGGAGAGCUGACUCUGUGGGAGAGCACCCACGAUGCACAAGAGUUCACGUGCCUCUUUGUUGGGGCCUGUUUUGCUGAGGGUCUUAGUACAGUUUGCUCGCUGUUUGUGUCCUGAGAUGAAUUGCAUGUAUUUUGGGUUUAUGAUGAAGAGAUUAUCAGUGUUAGGGGAGGUUUGCAUAUGGGAUGGGGGUGAGAUUAUUGACUGGCUAUGGGUGGUCUGCAGCUGACACCCAUACAUGCCUGCUGGGCAACAGGAGCACAAAGAUUCUGCUGAUGGGGACAAACUGCUGUGAAAUGGCUCAGACUAAGCCUCAUCAUGCUGUGCUCGGUGUGGGCUUUUUAUAUUUCUGUCUCUUAGCAGAUUAGACAGGUGUCUCUGCUUUAUCAGAAACAUGUGGUUUGUCAGCUAGUUUCUGUCGCUGUUUCAUUGAAAGAAACGUGAGUAUGAAGUAUGAAAAUGAUUGGGACAGCUCUUGAUUUUGUUCUCAGUUUAAGCAAAGUUCAAAGGUUACUAUGGGUCAACUGGACCAAUCAUGUUUGACAUUUCUUAGGCUCUUCCCACUUUGAGACAUUACAUCAACACUCUAUUGAAAGAUUAUCACACUCAUGAUGAGCUGCUGAAUGCUGGAUUAAGUGAGUCACUUGUUUUUAAACUUUUAAGGAACCAUCAGCUUUAACAACACUAUACACUCUCACUCUGUCAGCCGACAUUAAGUCACUCACUCCAGGCAGGAAGAAAAAAAGACUAUUUUUCCUUCGACAGUUUACUCCGUAUCUCUGACAGUGACAGCCUAAUUUGUCUGCUAAGUGUAUGUGUGAGAAUAUUUUUAGCAGACAAGACUGUGUGAAGUGAAUAUUAGAGCAAACUGCUACAUCUGAAGUUUCGCUGGCUUUAAUGGAUUCUGGUAGGGCUGAAUGAUAUUGGAAAAAACUAACAUUGCAAUUUUGCAAAAAUACAGGAAUUUUCACCAGGUGACCUGAAUAGCACUUUACGCAAUGCUGCACUGCUGAAAUCUUGAGGACAGUUAACCUGCACUGAUCUCACCUCUUUUUCUGAAUGUUAGUAAAGUGGCUUCUGUCUGUCUUAGAGAUAUUUUAGCUUGCUUUUAUUGUUAUCUCUCAUUGUGGCAACAGAUGAAAGGCACUGCAGACACAGAACACGUGUUUUGGUCGACUUCAUCCUUCUUUUAACCGAAAUAAUUCCAGAUAACUGACUGUUGCUUCUUUUUUUGGCAACAAGUCUUCAUUUUCGGUGGUUUUCUCUUGUUUGUUGCUCAUUUUGUGUUCAUUUUUGAUGUUACCGGUGUUGUGCCGAGGAGCAGAUGUCCGCUGAGAACUGCAUGCACCCUGCGAGAAUGCGCACAGCUUAUAUUAGAGUGGUCCACAGAAACAUACAAUUUAUAACCCAUACAAUUCAUAUUUGUGGGGCUAAACAGUGAUGAGUAAUGUUCCGAAAGUAAUUCUCGCCAGCGACUCACUCCAUGUGCAGGGGCGUGGUUUUUUUCCUCUCCAAUUUUGAUUGACGGCUGGUGGGGUAGUCUGCUUGGCAUCUGAGUAAAGAAAGAAUGUGAUUGGUGGAUCGCAGCACAGAGUCACAUGCACUGUAUCUCAUCUCAUCGAUAUAUCGUACAGCCCUAGAUUCUUUGUUUUAUUCUAAUUUAUGUGCAUUGUCUUGUAUUGUGUUAAUGUUGCCUUGUAUCUAGUGGAUGUACAUUUUACUUUUCACCGACUGGUAAUGACUGAAAGGUUUUAUGGAGCUUGUUACAGUAGAUUUUAUGUCAACUAUCACACUCUUUUUAUUACCUGUGAAGCUGUCAUGCGCUGCAGCUAGUUCAGCUGUCAUGGUGUCUUCAACUCUAAAUGUGAGAUAGUAGCAGCUUAGCUGUGCCUGAGGCGAAACUCAACAAAUGACAGGAAAACUCAGUGUGAGACCGUUUAUGUUACUCACUAUAUUUAUGUGUGCUAGUUUGUUUCUUCUCAGAUUCUCAGAGUCUCUUGAGAUUUGCAGGAGCAAGACUGUAAGAGUAUAGAUUAUUGAUCAAAAGAUGUGAAACAGAAAUACUAUGAGGCCAUGAUGAGAUCAUAUUAAAUGACAAAGUCCCACAAAAAACUAGAUUAGAGUAAAUGUGGUAUCAGGGGACGCUCUGCUCUGGUACUACACAACUUAGACCUCGUAAAAGAAAAGGCGGAGAGAUUGACUCAACAAAGAGGCAAGUUACUACCUGCUCUGUGUGGACCUGCUCUUUAUUCUACACCUCAGGAGUCACGUGCGGUCUUCAGGUCUUGGAUUACCUUCCUGGAUUCUCUUCGGGAGCUCAAGUGUCAUUUUUUUUAAAGGUGUAUUACAAACUCUAUUCCCUUAAAAUGGUUUUUACUGCUGAUUGAAGGUCUUUCACUUUAGGGGUGAGACAAAUGUUAUUGUCAAGAUGUGUCGAGUGUGUUGUUAGAAGUCGUUGGCUAAGUUGUACUUCAGCACUGAGCAAACAUUGUUUAACACAGUCAUCAAACAAUAAAAUGAAGCUCUGAGGAUAUCAUUGUUCUUACACAGCCAAGCACAUCUGACCAUCCCUGCAGUUACAUUCCUCGCCCUGCCUCUGUGUGAUUACUCGUAGUUGCUGGCCAAACAAGCAUCAUCAUAGCUAUUUGUGCCCAAGUACCAGCAUGCCUCAGAGUUCGUCAUUUAACCAAAUACGGGCAUGUUGGACGUAAAGCUCCUGUGGUUUUUCCCUCAUCAUUUUCUCUAGGUGAGAUUGAAACAAUAGCUUUCAUUCUUCACAUUUCUCCCUUCAGCCACAGCACAUUAAUGUACCCUGGUCACAUGAAUAAACAUGGGGGGUAGAUGGUAAUAUUUCAGCCUUUGCCUCUGUUUUCCCAUCUCCCACGUAGUGCUGAUGGUGUUUUUGCUGCUAUAGUCUCUCUUUAUAGACACCACUACCUUGUUAAUUCACAUCAGUGUUUCUGCCUUCGUGACCUUAAUAGUUCAUUAUUGAAAAUCAUUUCAUAGCCCCACAGCUCUGUCUGCUUUGUGUUUUUGUCUUUUAUCUCCACAUCACAUCCACCAGCUGGAAUAAUAUCUCUCAUUCCUCUAAAGCACAUUUCCCUCCGUGUUUUUAAUUCCCCUGCCUCAGGACAUUGUUAUUUCAGUGAUGGCCAUUAAAACGUGUCAGCUAGGCUGCUGACGUUUUAACAGGAAACACACGUGCAAAAGCUACAGAGUGCAUUUGUGAUAAGUCCUGGACAUUUUUUUUGCUUAGAAUAAUUUAUUUCUGGCUUCAGGGCAUGUGACAAAGAUUCAGUGAAUCUCUUUAAGACUGUGGACCACAUUCAGUAUACAAGGACAGAAGGAGAGCACUUUCUGCUGUAGUUUCACUCCUUAUUGCUUUUGUUAUUCAGAAUAUGUUUAAAAUCACAUUGCUUUUACUCCUGUCCCUGUGCACUCGGCCUCAUUACAUUCCUUAAAUUAGAGAACAUAUUCAAAUUCAACCGUCUGUAAACAUUUAAAAGCACAUACAAGUAAUAGCUUUCAACUAAAUCAAGGGUUCAAGAACCAGUUCCAGACGAAAACUAGUUCCAGCUAGUUUGAACCCUUGAUAUAAUUUCCUUUUUUGCUCAACUGUUCUGUACUGAUACCCUUCACUCAGCUCUCUGUGCUUUACAAAAUCACAUUAUGUGAUACAGACCGUGUGUAUUCAUGACAACAAAGGAGUGAAGGGGGUAAUAAUGGCGGACAGGAGAUGGGAGCAGUGCAAACUGCUCUCAGGUACAACAUGUAUUGUUGUGUUUACAGUGUCAGCUCUAUAAAUGGAGCUGUAUGACACACCUUCUUGUAAAAUCUUCUUUCUUAAUGAAGCUGGCUUUCUAUAUCAUUCACCUUUUCUUCAUUAAUAGGCAUGAAUCAUGAUAAUGAGUCACCUGUUUGUCCAUGCCCACAAAAGCUGAAGAUGUAGAAGCUUCAUGACAACAGAACUUGUGGUAGAGCUGUUGUACUGGAUUGCAUUACGUUUGUCCAGGUGCUCAAUCCUGUUAUUUUAGCUUACUGAUUCUUUAAAAAACCAGGUUGUAAAAACCUUCAGGAUCCUUUGAAAACGUGGAUUUUCUCUCUUUUGAGAUAAAAAUGAGUCUUUUAAAGCAGCUUGACACAUUUUUUAAUGGGUUUUAAAGGUUAGAAAGCUUAUUGAAGGUAACCGUUUAUCACAAUAUCUACUCGAGGUAAAAGCAGCAGAGUUUAAAAGCCUUAUCUGAAAAACAUUUUCUCUCAUAAACAUCAGGCUCACAAUCCAAGUGCUCCAGUUUGACAUCUCUCUUAUGAAUGGCACAGUUAUUUUUGCGGCUGUGGCGUAAAAACUUUGUUCGAGCCCUCUUGCCUUUAUUGAAUCCGCAGAGUCUUUGCUGUGGUGCUGGCAGGAGCAAAGUUCACAGGGUUUGAGCAGCUGGAUAGCUGAUCCACUGCCCCAGUAGCAAGUGUCAGGAGUAAGAGAAAAUAGAAAGGAAAAGUUCUGCCCUCUGGGUCAUGAGUCAUCUAAAAGGGUUUGUCUCAGCAGUGAGAAGAAUUAGUCUCCCCAAAUUGGGAUCUCUGAGCAGCAAGAAGAAGAAAAUCACUAAUGGAGGUCACCACAAAACUCUCGGUUUACCCACUUCAGCAGAUGGGAUUCAUUGUGGUUUCAACAGGCUCACCUCUAAGUCAAGUAUUAACAAACAGAUUCAUGUUAUCAGCUUUUAUCACUUUUUGAGGGCCAAUGUCUCUGGACUGAUUUCUUCACUGUGCUUUUGAUCAGAUAUAUUUAAUUCUUCAAAAUGUCCGUGUACUUACCAGACUGUUUAUUUUUUUAUGCUUCUAGGCAGUAGUUUAAGGACUGACAUAGCACUAAAACUAAAAGUAUCAACAUGGCCCACACAUUUGGUCAGCCCUUCCUAUGUGUUCCCUUCCUCUUUGUGCCGUCAUUUUUCUCUUUACCACCAGAGGGCGCUUAUAUCAGUCCUCAUGCAUCCAGCCCUCACUCUGCCUUGCAGGACUGGUCCUGUGUUUAGCUUCUCCCUAGAUAUGCAACAAGUACCUGUGUACACACCAGAACCAGAAUGCCUCCAUCCAACAGACACCUGGCCUCAGCCAUCAGUAAAGGCUUGGACUGGACUCUGAAGCAUCGACUUCCCUGUUUUACAGUGACAGACUGACCGCAAUCACACUGUAUCUUGUUGCUCUCUCACCUCUUUUACAUAUUUAUUCACCGCACAUAUUCCCUCUGUUUCUCUCCGCCCUCUCUGUCUCUGCCCCCUGAGGGGUUUCAGUUACACUCUACAUGCCCAGACAGUUGCACCACUGUAUGCACAGGUCUAUGGUCACAGAUUAGAGGUGUGUAUUGGGUGGGUGUCUGUGUGUAUUAGCAGUUGGUGAGUGUAAAACUGCUAGUGCUAACAGAAGUCCCCCGAAAUACCCUGCUGAUUGCUUGAGUGGCAGCAGAAAAGAGGAGUUUGAAUCCAACAAUCAACUGUGGAGAACAUUUUGCUUGAAAAAGACAGAGUCAUGGUCCCCCUCAGUGAAUGUGCUGCAGACCACCACGCACUCACACUUUUAGACAUGACUUGAGAAAACAGUAAGAGGUUUUCUAAAAGCGCUCUCGUCAGAUUUUGUAUAAUAAUAACUGUGAUUAGCGUUGUUUACUCCUGCGUCUCAUGUUAUUCUGUACCCCCUCUACAUAAUCCACGGACUCACACUGUUUCACACAUUUUUGGUGACUUUGUUCCCCCUCAAUGCAACUUUUAGACUCACGUCAUGUCUGGAAGUUUCUUUGGCAUAGUUCUUUUGCUCUGAAGCUUCUCAUUAACACAGAUACAGGUAGAGGUUGGCUGUUAGCUGCCCGGGUAUAUUGCACCAAUGAAUCACUUGUCACUGAGAUAUUCACACUGUGUGCAGCUAUUUUAAUGUCACAAACAGCUAUCACUGAGGAUAGAUGAUAAAAAUAAAAAAAGACUGAUUGGUGUUGAGGUGUUGGGCCUCUAUAUAAACAAGAAGUGAAGACUGUGUUUAGUAGGACUGAAACUGUCAUUUGUCUCAACUACAGCUUGUGCUAUAUUGGUAUGGAAUAGAGAGAUGUUUGAACUUCAUGCAAAUGACUUGUAUGAAAUAACGUCAUCAUAAGUUAACAUAGUCUGAGUAGAUUUUAUUCAGGCAGGAUCAGUCUUGCAUGAAGCUAAAAUUAAAACAUGCAAUCAGUUUGCACAGUUAAGGACAGCUGGAAAAGCACAGUGUGUACUGUUUAGUGGCAUUUUUCAGAUCAGACUUGGUAGAUGUGAAAUAUAAUAUUUGUCAGUAUUUUGAUUUUAUUCAUAUGAUGGCCUGAAGAUAAAAAGGUUGUAUUUUUGUUAUCCCAGAAUGAGUCUUUUAUAUCCAAUAAGAGCAGAACUCCUUCCAAACCACCUUCUGCACAACCAUCUCUUUACGGUCGUGCUGAAUAGACUAUCAGAAAUGGCCCCGGAUGGAGGAUCAUACUGAUCAUGUGUCACUGGAGUGUCUUGUCCUUAAAGGCCACCAGGAGGGAUGAGUCUCACCCCAGAAUCUAACUCCUAGAUAUCGCUUAAUAUUUUAAAGUUUACACAGUGAACCUUUAUAGUAUACUAUUCUGUUCAAGCAGUGAAAUGUGAUUUACUGUGGUUUGCUGUGCUGUACGUUAUAAUGAAAAACAAAAAUAGAUUAUUUUAAUCAUCUGUAAAAAAAAAAAAAAAAAAAAAAACCUCUGCUACGAUUUAGUCUGUCAAAUACUUGAACUUCUAAUUUCAGUGUGCGUCGUUAUACAUACUAAUUAGUGUUUCUAUGAUACACUUAGGGGGGGCUUUCACUUUCACUCACAAUUAAUAGCCAAGCAACACUUUAGCUGACCAUAACCUUUAACUUGUUUGAUGUAGUUAAACAGAUAUAGAAGUUAAACAUGACUUAAAGCUGUAAAAGAAAAGGAGUUCAGAGUCAAACCUUUCUGCACAUUUAAAUCUGAUUCACUCGAAACGAUCUCAUUAAGGUCCAGCCUUAUUGGUAGCUUAUUAGUUUGUUGGUAGACUUUUAUUGCCCUUAUCCCACUUUGUUGAUACACUUGACUCUCCCUCUCCUGGAAUAACACCAACCCUUAUGAGAAUGUUAGUCUAUUUGACACAGAGGCCACAGAGGAUUGGUGUAGGUAUUUUUAACUGGUCUAAUACUUAUACUCGUAUGGAAAAAAAAAAAAAAAAAAUCCAACAUUUUAAGUGAAAUAUGAUAUCUAAUUGACUUGUAAAAAACAAAUAAACUGACAAACUAAAACUUCUGUAUACGUCCACUUUACUCUUCAUGUUGCACCAUCAUCACCUCUACCUUGUAAAACUGAGGACAUACCCAUUAAACACAGCUGUACUUCUGUUCAGAGCUAAUUGGAAAUGUGGUGGUCAUGGUAAUCGUUAUACGCGCUAUCACCUACAAAAUGUCAAAGGUUUUAAUUUAUGUGACUGUCUGCUCGCAGACGUCGCCUAUGAUCGUGAUCGUCCACUCAGUUAUAAUCUUAUGAAACCCCAUCAGUGACUGGAGCUUGGCUGUCUGACACGACUAUCACUUAACAUGUUGGUGUAUAGUUUUAUGUCUAUGUGUUGGCAUCGGUCUGUGAUCGGAUGACCUCGCUGAUAUUUUCUGCUGAUGAUUUCAUCCGUGAGGACAUUAGACGCAUUAACGACCCAUUAGUCUGGCCAGGAGCUGUGACGGGCAGGAAACUGUGGAGUUGGAAUGAGUUACAGCCUCUUGACAGCCGUAGCAAACCUGAACUGACUAUGACAAGUCUUUGGCUGAAGAAUUAUCAGACCCAGAAUAAUCUGUGUGGACAGGUAGAGGCCUGACCCGACUCAUCCAGUGUCAGGCGGUGUUUUGUCCUCAAGGACACUGUGUUAAAAUAGACAUUUGAGGUAAUGUGUUUGUUGCAGACAGGCUUAGUAAGAGUUGAACAUUAUCACAGUGUUCUGUACUGUAUGUUCAAUACCAUCAUUGUGGAGGAUGCAAUUUAAUAUCAAGAGCAUGUCUGUUCAAGGUUCUUCUUCCCUCUAUACCUCCUGCUACUAUGAUUCAGGCACACAUUGAGCCUUUACUACAAAUAUCUAUAACAUUUUGUAUUGAAUAAAUUUUUUUUCUUUUGUAGCCACAGCAGAGUAAAAAAAAAGGAAAUAUCUUAUUUGUAAGUAUGAUGGUUGUGGAAUCAGCGUGCCAUGAACUUUGGUCCAGAUAUGGUUGUAGCCCUGAAACUAAGUGCUGGAUGAUAAAAUUAUCUGGAUACUUCUCUCAAAACCACAACAUGUCAUCUUUUAGAUGGAUUAGGGUGUACUGGUCUGGGCGCAUACUUUACUCCUUUGAAAUUGAUUAGAAACUUGGAAAUUAUGAAAGUUUUUAUGCAGCAACAGAAUCCUCUCCAUCCAAAAAUCAAUUCCCUCAGUUUCAGUUGUGCUCAGAGGCUGAAAUGUUGUCCAAGUAAUGGCAGUAAACAUGCUGUAGUUUCCUAAGUGAUGGUUCUGAGUGCUGACCUCUUUGGGAAUCUGGAUUUUCCACUUAUUAAUUUCCAUCAAAGUACACACCAAGUGAAUUUUUACAGUACUGAAAUGUGUUAUUAUUUGCUCCGUGCAUAAUGUAAUAUUUGUAUCAGGUCACUGAUAAAUUCAAAAUACCAGGAUAUUAAACUGGAUAUAUUAUCCACUGUAUGUAAAGCUUAACUCUGUUUUGAUUAAAAGUUGUUGACUGCAGUGAUUUAAGUUGAACUUCACCCACAUUCAGGAGCUUGAUGUUGUUGUAAGUAGUUGCCAGUGUUUCUGCAGGGCCAUCUUCCAGUGUAUGAAAUUCAAGAUGGGAGAUACCUUGACUUCACAUUGACGUCAUGAUAUGAAACUAGAUAUCGUCAUGUGUCCUCGUCGUUAACUCUCCUGCUCGUAAAAGCUGCGGUGCAGGUUGUGAUUGAGUCAACACUGUUUGAUUUUCAAAUAGCCGACUUGGUACAUCUCAUAACAACCAAGAUUGUGCUGCAACUUUAAGCUGGUCUUAAAUAAACAAUGAAACUGCUUUGUUUUGUAGAGUUCCCCUUGUAGGUGACUUUCAGUGGCUCGUUAACAGCCCUAUCAUUAACUAGUACAUUAACAGAUUCCCUAACAAAUACACACACACCAGCACUCUCCUGUGAGAUAUUUAAGUGACCUAUGUACAGUAUGCUGCAUGGCUAGGUGCCAUUUUGGCGCCUUUGUUUCUAUGCUAGGCUGAGCAGCUUUCGUAAGUUGACACCUACUUCUUCAUAUGACAUGUCAUGUGGACGAGGUCUUUUUGCAUGUUUGUGGAUAUCAGUGCCGCUCUGUUAAUGCCAGCCUGGCAGCAGGCAGUAACACGAGGACACAGGGAGCUGAUGAUGGCGUGUGUAGACGAAACAGGUCCUUGGAUUGCUCUCUUUUUUUUUUUUCUUUGAUACUUUACACAGUAAAAGGGAAAGUUGUGCAGUGUUUACAGUGUGAAUGUAGUAUUUGGUGGGGGUCGCAGUCCCAGACAGCUGGUUGUAAAAAGGCUGACAUCUAACCUUGCUACCUCACUGCUCGGAUCAGGAGGCUUUGGAGCCACACCACCCUCUUUAGAUGGAUGGUUUUACAGCAGCUCUUAACACAGCAGUGUCCUAUGAGGGUCAGAGCCAAGACCACUUCAAAUGUGCAAAGCAUAAUCCCCUCCUGACAUUAAUAUUUUCAGUUGGGAGCAAGCAGGGAGCACGGUGGGGGGUGGCAAUGUAAGCAAGGUCUUUUUGGCUGGCCUUGUUUCAUGCUGGCAGUGGUGAUAGACACUAAAGCCAUUACUCAUGGUGCAGGCAUGUCCAGAAUGUAUUCUUAGCCCCUGUCUUCCUAUCAGUCACUACAGAAAGGUUGGAGGGUCAAAAAAUAAAGAGGUAACCAGUCUGCAGGGCUGUCUGCACCACCGCUGUUUACCGGGGAGGGGGUGAUAUUUUAAACCUGGGAGAGCUCACAUAUUUACCCCUCUCAGCUUGACUGACUUGCCAUUUGGUGGGGUGAAGAUACUGGAGACCACUCAUAAAGGAGAGAAGAGGCAAAGGGAGACGCUUCUUAGUUACUGCUUGAUUUGCAAGAAGCUCGCUGCUUUUACAGUCCAGAGAGGAGGAGGAAGAAUAUCACAAAAGAAGAUUAAGUUCAAAAAGACGACGAGGAUAGAAGCGAGAUCAGAGGGGAAGACACUUGGGGGAGGCGAAAGGGAGCCAGGCUGAGCUGACUUUUCCUCCAGAGGAGGAGUUGCAGUUGCCGGCCAGGGCAGGUCCCAGGGCUGGCAGGGCUGGCCCAACUGCUUCUCCACCUCCAUUCCUUCCUCCUCUUACUCCUCCUUCCUCUCCCUUUUACCAUCAACCAAGCUGCUGUGCAGUGAUGAACUUCCAGGCAGAGCCCAUGAGCAACUUAGGAAUGCUUAGAAAAUCCUGCCAAAUGAACUUUUCUGCCUCAAGGGGAAGGAAACUCCAGAGGUUGAUCCUUCAUUAGGAGGACCUCCAGUGCAGCUUAGACUGUCACCCCCUUUGUUUCCCUCUUGUGUUACACUCACUGGUUGAGUGCACCAAGACACAGAGGAGACUUUUUUUAUAUAAACUUUUUUUCGUUUUUCUUUUUUUGCUUUGUAAACUGAAAUCCUGGCAACCUUUUCAGUAGCACGGUGCAAGGACCAGCUGCACUCACCCAGGAUGAGCCGCUGGCUGAAAUGCACUUCCAUGCACUUUGUAGGUAUUCUUCGUCAUUCUGGCAUUUAUCAACAGCUUUCUAAUGGCUACUGAUUCUUCUGUUCUUCUAUUUAUGUCCUCAGAAUGAAUUUUCUUCAAGGAUUUUUUUAUAUGUUAAGGAAAUUGUUUAUGAGCCACCUAAAGUGACCAAUUAUCAUCACUUUAGUGCGUCCCUAUGGGCUCAGUAAUUACCUUACAUUGUACAUGUUGUGAAAUUGAUGUAUGUAUGGUGUUAUUAUCUUUGCAUUAUUUGACGGAAGUCUAAAGUUUAUACUGAUGUGCGUAUAAAUGCUUCAGAUAAAAUCGAAGAUAAAGUCCUGAUUUAUGUUCAUGAUCUUUGUUCAGUAUGACUGGAAAAAAAUGUUCUUUCUUGAGGCUUUGAGCAUUCUUUCUUCCCAUACUUGGUAGCCAUCACUCAAGGGGGUUCAAGUGAAACUGCAGGGUAGCUCACUCUUGGCACAUUCUGCACUAAGUGAAGCCUGUUAUUGAAUUCCAAAAGAAGAGAACAUAAAUUGUCAUUAUUUUCAUUGUAUUUGUGCCAUAAAUGGUGUUUCAUGUGCAUGUGGCAUUAAUCAGUGAGGCCGAAAAGGUCAAAUGAAUUAAGAUCAUAACAAAUCACUGUGUUCUAUAACUGCUCAGCUGAACUGUUUGGUUUGAGAAGUAUUGCCAUGAACGCAUCUUAUGUCUAAUAUUUAACUUUCAUUAUUGCCAGAACACAGACUGGAACAAAUAUGAUGACCGGCUGAUGAAGGCAGUGGAACGAAGCGAGGUGGACAAAGUGGCUGCUGUCCUCAGUAAGAAGGGCAUCAUCCCCACCAAGCUUGACGUGGAAGGACGCUCUGCGUGAGUAAACUAAGACGCGUAUGCAUCCAUGUUCAGUAUGCUGAUAAAAAUAUUUAAAGAGUGAUGACACACCUUCAACAAACAGAUAUCAAACUGAACACGCACUACUACUGUACUAUAUUUACACUAUACUAGGGAGGUCCUGAAGUGACUGAUUAUGUAGUUGUUUUAUAAAGAGUCAAAAUACCAAUUAACUUUGUUCCUCUACUGGUUACACAUUAUUCCAGUUAGUUAUAUGCUAGUUUAACCUGAAACAGCCCAUAUUCUGUUUUAUUUUCACUGUCUAGAUCUAAAUACAACUAAUCAGCACCAUGCUACGAGAGACUUUCUGUCAUGUGAUAUUGUUUACAUCCAGGUAGUCGAGCAGAAGAGUAGAGUAUUAUGGCAGAAGCCAUUACCAAGCCCCAGACUGUCACUGUGGUAGACUCAUUAUAUGAGCCUACUGGGUCUGUGACAGUGCAGAUAUUAAUUAUUCACAGACUGACCAGUGAUUCUGGUGCCAGACAGUGAGGGUGAUGAUGAACUAAAAGUCCACAUCCCUAUGAUUACCAUCGGUAAUACUUCACGUAUCUGUUUGUGCGCUCAGGCUAUCUUUAUGUAUUUACACAAAACUAAUAAAGUUGAAGAAUUUCAGAUCUCAAAUACCAAACAUUUCUCCUCCAGAAUUAUAGAUGAUUACAGAUAAACAGCCUUUCUUUUUAAGACGUCAGUGUCUCCCUGCACGACCUUUCAAAAAAAAAAAAAAAACACACACGCAACUCUUCCCCAAAUUUCCCAUAGAAAGGUACAGCAGUGUAUUAUGUCUACAUUUAUCUAUGCUGAAAAUUUCCCCUCCAGUGUCCACUGGGAGGUCAGUGUGGGAGUUGGUAUAAAGAAUGUUUGUGGCGAGUGGAGGCUGGACCACAUCGGCCGGAGUCUGUUUACUUAGUCCUGACAGGAAAUGACUCCCUGCAAAUCAGAUCAGAUCCACUGUUGUGCUUGCAACACCAGCUAAUACAUGGGGGCCCAGCUGCAGGCUAUUAUCAGUAUCAGUUAACAUCUUAAAGGACCAUUGUUUAUGUGGUAGGAUUUCUCCUUAGGUUAUCACCUUAGGUUUUUGUCUGCAAAGGGUUAGUUGGACGCUCUCUAUUAGGUUUUAGUGAAAGAGGAGGGUUAACAGAGGGAUAAAGUUGUGAGAAAUGGAAGGUGUAGGGGGAAAGUAGGUCAACUGCACUGAAAUGUGUCAGAGGAAUUUUCACAUGUUGCAUCGUAACCAGCCAGGACAGCGGAUAUAUUUCAGGUAUCUCAUACAGACCCAUGCUUUGUUCCUAUUAAUGAUCAUGUCCUGGCCUUAAAAAGAAAUCUAUAGAGCUGCUUUAAAAAAGCAGGUACUUUGUUUUCAUCCAAAACGAAAUCAGAUUCCAACUGCAGCAUUUUGGGAGGCCAGGCGCCCUCACUUUAAUCCCUCUUAUCUGAAUAAGUCACUGUCAAAAUAAGCCUAAAGUGCAGGCCACCGACCAAAGGCUUUGUUAGACCAUAUAACUUUGGAGCACCAGAUCCCAGAAGCAGAUUUGCUGAGUAUUUUCAGCAGAGUGUGAAAUUCUUUGGUGGCACCAUUGCAAAGAGCAAUGGUUGCAUACAUGCAUGCAUGUAAGUAAACAGAAUUAAACACACAACCUGACAAAUGCCUGGUCUCAUAAUAAGGUGCUAGAAUUUGUCAGGACUAAAUCAAGGACAAUGGCUGCCAAUGUAGCUCUGACAGACUGUUUAAGGAGGCUGUUGUGCAGCGACACAGUCAGCACAGUUACUGCUUAAUGAGACACUGCAGCGCUGCCUGCAACUAGUUAACCAUAAAAUCAACACUUUAACUGAACAUUUAUAGACAGAGGUCAGGCGUAUUUCAACUGUAGCCAAAACGAAAGUGAACCACAAUCACAACUCAGCAAGUCUGCUUAUAGUUCAGUGGGCCACACACACAGACCAGCGCGUGUCUUCAGCUCUUUGACCAACAAAGGAAUGCUGCAUGGCGAUCCCUUGUAAUCAUGGACCUCUGUGGGGAAACUAAUUACAAACUGCAACACCCUCAUAUAUAAUUUGCUGUAUCCUGGAUUAGCCUCACUGUGUUCAGCUAAUGAAUUCAGCUGUAACCAUUCCAUCAUGGCUUCCAGCUGAGUAAACGGUUUACAUCUCUGUCAUGGCAUUAGCGUGACCCCGGUGAGGUAGGCCCACCCGUCACACCUGCUCACUCGGUGCUGCUGCGAUAGCUCGCUGACGAGGGCUUAGCGGCCCAAGUCUUCUGUAUGACGGCACAUCACUCGAGACAAUUGCUCAGUCUGGCCUACAUCGCAAAACUGGCACUGGCUGCUACUCACACAUUGUUUGUCAGGAUUAGCAGUAAUGAAUUUUCAGCUCAAGUGUCUUUCAACAAUAACAAUAGCAAGCUGAAUUUUACCCCUGCAUAAUAUGGAGCCAGAUCUUAUUACUUAUAGAGAAAAGACUGGAGAAAGACUCAUUUUGCUUUUGUAUUUAAGGAACAAUAAGGUCAUCUUCUAAUACCCAUUAUCCAGGUACUGAUUUUAGGGCCGAGUCUUUAGAAUCAGCCAGUGCUGGGUGUCCAACAGUUUUAGAAAAUUACAGGUACAUGUUAUGGUUGUAGAAAGUUGCACCUUUGGAGACACAAAAUAUUGUACAUGGUUUAGCUACUAGCACAUACUCUGUGGUUUACUCUUCCCUGUCCGCCCUCUAUAUAUAGCAGCCCAUCCUGCAGGCUGUCAACCUAAAAGUCGCCCAAGGAGCAGGUGUGAAGAUGAAAUAUCAGAGCUGAAUCCUGUCUCAAAGCCAGACUCUUUAGUCUGCAAAACAUCAUCUCUGAUCCUACAGAGAUCCUUGAUGAGAAAGAGAUGUGAAGUGCUCAUCAUCACAGCUGCACCAAAUCUUGGUGUUCGGCUUUUGUCAGGUGUUUUUUUGUCUCUCAUUUUUUGUGAGCAGGUAUAUAGAGAGUAUGUCAUUGGAAACAAGCAUAUUUAAAUAAAAUCUCUCUUUAUUUCUUGCAAAGACCAGAAUGUUGUUGCAAAUGUGCAGUUUCCAGCCUGUUAGUGAGUCUUAAGUCCUAAAAGUUGAUACAAAUUUACGACCCCAGUUCAAGUUUGUCAUUGUAUAGUUCUGACUCUGCUCAGACGCAUUCCUUCAGUCACUCUCCGGAGAGUUCUUUGGCUCAUGAACUUGUGGAGUCACAUCACUUCUGUCCCCUUCACUCUGAAAGCUCUGCUUCCUGUCUGCUAUUUGCCCCCGGAGGUCAGGACCCUCCUCCGCUCUCCCGAGAAGCAGCAUCUCCUGGCCAUCAACACGGCUUUUAAUACCCACACCAAUGUUGAGGUGACAGCCUCGCUGUCUCCUUGGCAGAUACCUCGGGGUUAGUGUAUAAACGGUUCCAAGCGGCCUGAUGGGUGACAGGAUGAGAUUGGUUUACACACAAGUGCUUUACAGACUUUGACAGCCAGUGGCGGCAGUGCUGCUGUGGGUUAAACCAGAGAAGGGGAGCAGGAAUGUUUCCAGUCAGAAGUGAUGAUUGAAGACUUGUUGGCAAACGUGCAGUGGGAAACUGCUUAAUUGAGUAACAAGGGAAGAUGCAAACUUUGUACAAUCUAACCAUCAACAAGGGAAGUUUGAUGUGCUGUCAAUGGUUAAGUUCUGUUCUUACUUGAAAUGUUUGAUUUAUUUCACAUUCAUGAUGAAGAUUUUAAUAAACUGUUUUGGUGUGUAAAAAUAAACUUUGGAAAAAAAUGAGGUCAUUGAGGAGGCCAGGAAGUUAUACUGUUUAUUAUCAGGAGGGCAUGAGAGUUUGGUCAUAUUAUGAAAGCUGGGAAGUAGGAGCAGACAAAAGAACUGGAAUGAUUGUCACUGUUUGAUGAUAUGAAUACUCAUGAGCUUGAGCUCUCUUACUUUAACACAAUGUUCCCUUUAAAUGAGUCCAGAUCGGAGCCUUUAGGUACAAAAUAAGUUAAAGUAAGAAAAAACAGAUGAGCUGGUGUACUUCUGAAACCUCUGGUGUAGUCAAAAAUACAACAGUAUUAGUGAUAGAUUAUGAAAAUGCUGUCUGUGUUCCCCUUUGUUGCCAUAGAAACAUUACAUGCCCUGAGGUUCCUUAAGUUACACCUUCGCCUCCUCUCUCUUUACACCCUUUCACUUUGGCACCUCUCUCUACUCCACUGAGGGCUGUUGAGGCUUUGCAAUCAUCCUCCAUCUCAUGGCUCAGUCUAGUUUUCUCCCCUAAUGUGUCUCUCUCUCUCUCUCUCUCUCUCUCUGUCUGACUCUCUCUUUGUUUUUCAGGUUUCAUUUAGCUGCAACACGAGGACACCUGGAAUGCCUCAACCUCAUCCUGGGACACAAUGUUGACAUUACUGCGACUGAUGCUACCGGUGAGUUCAGCUCAGGCAGGUGCAGUUUUUCUAAAACUGUUCUCAUUGUUUCAGUCAACGCACGCCUGACAAAUUAUCUCACUGCUUCAAAACACAAACACCUGGCAAUUUCCUAUAAGUGGUGGUCAACGAAUAUAGAAGCACUUCUCUGUAGGGGUUCACAGACAAAAUUUCUAUGUAGACUUUGUAAAUUACUUUUUCCUGCUUGAGAAACAAAGCACACAGUCCACAAUGGUUUCAUAACAGUGUUUGUGAAAAUAAAUUAGCAUCAUUAUCUUGGAAAUGAGGAAAGUUUCAGAGAUCUGUAGCAGAACAUUUGGUUCGGUUGGGGGGUGAUGAGGAUGCGCUGAGCGCAGAGCUGGUGCGAACAGUUGUCUCUCUCUCCUCUUCUUUUCACUUUGCAGACUGUUGCUGAACAGCUGUGGGAUAAUUCUUUCAUGAGUGGCAGAAAAUACUGCUUUAUAAGAUUUGACCUCAUAAAUAUGCAAGGGACAUUAGCUGUUAUACCCCUAGUUUCAUCAACAAGUAGGAUUAUAGGAGCUGCCAUGAAGCCAAAGUACUGCUCAAUCUUUAAUGUUGGUAAAAUUCGCCUCAAAUCUCAUCCAUAAGAGAGUAGAAUCAGCAUAAAAAACUGAUGGAUGAUGAUUUUUAUGAUAUUUAGCAAAUGCAUUUUAGUGAAACUGUAAGAAUAUUGUUUUUCAUGGUAGAAAAACAGCAGAAUUAAGUAGAUGUACUUCCAGUGGUGAAGGUAUUUAUUUCUGGAUAAUAAAGUCUUGCUGAUUGGAGAGACAAAACCAAUCCUGUGUAUGUUCUCCAGGAUGAAUGUUAUUGCUGCGUUGAUUUUUAUCAUAACUCUUCAACAUGCUUUUUUCAGUGUUAAUCAAAACAAAUGUCUAACUGUGAAUUAUUACUGACCUCUGAUUGGCUAGGAUUAAGACUUUGCUGAAACAGUGGUGCACACGUUGACAUCAUUGUAAUUCCUUUUGCAGCACAGUUCAGGUUUUAACAGCAACAAAGCAGUCAUACAGCGUCAUGUAUACUACUUGGGUUUAUUAUAGUCUGACAGUUUUAAUAUUGAAUGCUCCGUGUCAGCAUCAGUAAGCCUUAAUUAUAUACAGCUUCUGGAAAAAAAAAAAAAAAGCAUUUCACGUGAGAACACUCAGCAUGCAAGUUGAGGUUAUGAACAGUAACGUCGUCAGGAGAGAAAGACAUAAGUAGGCCUGUCGCGAUAAUCAAUAAAUCGCCUUAUCGCUCGAUAAAUAAAAACGAGGUCGAUAACUUUGCCAGCCUCGAUAAUUUACGUGCGUUUGUUUUCCUCCCCUCUCGCUACCAAACACGCUGGAUGAGAGAAGAGGUCUCACUCUGCGCAUUGUUCUCGGCACCUGGGGGCGUUGGCUCUAUAGCGGAAUGAACGGAGUUAGUGAACCCUCCUGUCAGUCAUUCAGAGUCUUUGUCACGGGGGGGGGCGCACAGGCACACGUAGGCGCGCACACAGACACAGACUUUUGGAUACAGUGCUGCAAGUGAGCGUCGUGAGUGAAAAGCAAGCAAACAGAAUGAACACGACAGCUUUGGUGUCUAAACCGAACGCAACAGCCCAAGUGUGGGAAUAUUUCUGCUUUAAACCAAAUGAAAGAGGUGAGCCCACAAAUACGGACGAGCCGAUAUGUCAUAUUUGUUCCAAAGUUGUGGUGACAAAGAAGGGGAAUACGACGAACAUGCAUGCGCACCUCAAGCACAAUCAUCCCGUCCAUUUUUCCCAACUGAGCAAAAAAAGUACCGCCGGAGGUGCUGCGGAGCCAUCGUCCCGACAGGUACCGCUUCCUGAAGCGUUUGGUAAGCAAAGCAAAUAUAAACAAAACAGUGCAAAAUGGUUCGCGCUGACAGACAGCGGAAAUUAAAGUUUAUCACUUUUGACACGGUGUACUCGCAUUAUUAUGCCAUAUAUUAUCAUUUUCUAUAAUUUAAAAAACGGUGUCAAUAAUAUCGUUUAUCGGCAAUAAUUUGUAGCACAAUUAUCGUCCAGCAAAAUUUGUUAUCGUGACAGGCCUAGACAUAAGAAUAAAAAAAGUGCAACACCAAAGAUGCUGUGGAGGGAAAUGAGGGGAAACACUCUGCAUGGGGUGGGGCGUUUACCACAAAGCCACAGGUGUGCUGCUAUUCUGUUGGAAACACUGUUCAAGAAAAAUAAAAUUGCACUUGUGGCCUCCUGCUCUGAAAUAGUUUUGUGCAAACUCUGGACUCUUGAAUGCACUGUUUUCAAUUGCUGUAUUUAUCUCUUCAGGUAAAAAUGCCCUCCAUCUGGCUUCCAGAAAUGGACAUUCACUGUGCGUGCAGAAACUCCUGCAGGUAAAGUACAGAUAAGCCUCUCUGUGCUGCUCUCCCACUAUUCAUAGAUGAUUGAAGUUGACUCCUGUGAUAAACUGUGGCAACUUAAAUUUUUCAUAUUGGUUCCUAUUCUGCAGUUCAGGGGUUUUUGUUGUUGUAGCUCAGGCUGGUGUUUUGUAUCCCCACACUGCUGCAUACAUGUUUCACAGAGUAGCCUCCCAGUCACCGGCCAGUCGGAGCAGUUUCCCUUUCAGCUCCUUUAAAUAAUUAUUGGCACACAGCUCUGGCAGCUGAGCCCACUCUGUAUCGGUCAACAGAAGGCCCUGUUGAGUCACCAUGACCUACUGAAGGAUUUAUGUGUUUACAAUGAGGGGACUAUCUCUGCAAUAUUAUGCUCUCACAGUGUUGUAGCCCUCCCCACUGCCCCCAUGGCAUGGCGGUGAUCUCACAGAGGUCACGGCUGUUGGCAAGGAGGGUUAUCAGCAGUGUUGACAAGCCUACUCUCCUGCAAACCUGCCGUCCAUUCUUGGUGCCGUCAUCACACCAGACAUAGCAGCUGGACGCCAACACCCCCCUACCCCACACAUCUUCCAACUCUGUUAUCCCCCUUCCAUCAGGUAUAGGAUAUCCCCCUCCAGGCUCCACCAUCAGCCCCUGCUACUGCUCUUUUUCACCCUCCCCCCCUUGGCUUUGUCACUUGAGCAUGCUGCUAAUUUUUGGCUCUUGUUGCUAGAGAGAGUUGGGUUUUUAUAGUGGAGGGGAGGGCAGAGCUCUCUGGCAAGCUUACCCAGCAACAUCAGGCCCCUGUUAGCAUUGAGUCCUUAAAGCUCAUAGCAGGCCCCCAUCACCACAGCGCUACAGUCACCCAUGUUUAACCACCUGCCUUACCGUGCAGAGAUGUCAAAAACAUAUCAGCAGAGUGCCACUUAGCCCAAUAUGACCUGCCUGCUGGUGCAGCUCAGGUUCCACUCCCAUCCAGUGGAGGUGAAGGCACAGACACAGUUUUUCUAGGAUUAAAAAGUUAUUUAAAAGAUUCACUCAAACCCAUUAAAAAUUUAAGGUGAGACAGACACAGUGUUGUAAGUUAAGUUUUUAUUCCAACUUGGUUGAGACGAUGUGAGUGUUUAGUCAUUGUGAUGUAGACCUUGAUUUUUUUUAGUUCAAGUACUCAACAAUCAAAUCACACCGGCUUCAUUCCCCACUUGGAAAAAUUGGUCGUGUUUGACCUUUAGAGUCAGUUCCAUGGACUGUUUAUGCAGGAGUGUCAACCUCCAGUAGGGGGUGACUCAACAUUAUUAUAUCAGAAGCCUCAUUAUUUACUGGAACCCAAAAAGUUUGUUAAAUCCAUUAAAUUGUUUUGAAGAAUGCCAGUGUGCCUUUUUACUCCACUAUAAAUAAAUAAACUAUAUAAACCAAAUAAAUACAGAUUUGUUUUUCACAACAAACCAUCAUCUUUAUCUCUAUUGUUUUGAUGUUUCUUACAUUUUCCCAAUCGUGUCAACGAGUUCUGCUCAGUGUCAUGCAAGUUAAGAGUGUUUUUGUGUUUUUUUUUUAAAGUCAGCUUUCUUAAUUGGUAUUCUAUAACAAAAACGGACAAUUUAUUCUAUACUACAAGCAUCUGGGGAUAUUAAGGGACUUUGCUUUAAUUUACUCUGUUGUGUUAACGUGUGCAUCCCUUGUUUUACAGCACAACUGUCCAGUUGGAAAUGUUGACCUACAAGGAAGAACAGCUCUUCAUGAUGCUGGUAAGACAUGACUUAACUCUUAAAUAUCAUUUUUUAUUUUAUUAUUUUUUAUGUGUACAUAUAAAAAUUUGGCUUAUCAUCAGGUUAUCCAAAAGCUUACAUAAUCACACUUCCUAAGUUAAAUUACGAGUUCUAGUUUGCUAACAAAGAAGUGCUGGUGGAGUACCUGUUUGGCUUUUCAUUGUAUUAUUUCACAGGUACAUGCAGGUUCAGCUGAUGUGCAUGUGUUCGUUCAGUGGUGAAUGGAAUGAAGUGACUUUUCUUUUUAUUUCCGUCCACAGUCAUGGCCGGCUGCACCUCCAGCGUGAAACUUCUCUGUGACAGCGGGGUGUCUGUGAAUGCCAGUGAUUUUGUAAGAAUUCAUAUUGUAUCUCUCUGAGCAUGUGGAAAAAGAAAUUAAGUUUCAGAAUAGACCAUUACAACCAGUUAUUACUGUAGAAAAGCAAGGUCUGUAUGCUGCUGAAAGGCAGUUUCCCUGUCAAUGGCAGUCAUCACCUGCCUGAAUGGUUGGUUUAAUGGUUUCUGCUUUGAAUUGACAGGCUAAGUGGACUGUGUAGGGUUUUGUAUUAAAACCAUGUGCUCUUCAGGUUGAAUGUGUGUUUUAAAAUCUUAAUUUCCAUGUUCUUUUCCCCAGGAGGGCAGAACACCUCUGGUUCUGGCAACCCAGAUGUGUCAUCCACGCAUCUGUCAGCUCUUGCUGGAGCGAGGGGCUGAUAUCACCACCAGGGACAAACAAAACAAGUAAAAAAAAAACUUUCUAUUAUAAAGUUUGUUUUUGGUAAGGCUGGAAAAUAUCUGAAAAAACCUUUUACUUGAAAAAGGCAACUUUUGAGAGGUUGCAUUUGUUAAAAACUAGAAAAGGUCUUACUCUUUGGAUUUGUUUGGUUUCCUAGUUUUGACUUGAUAGUAUGCCCGGACAUUAACAUCAUGUCACAGUAUAUUCUAUAACUUUGUUGUCAGAUAUGAGCAGGUUUUUUUCCGGGCUGUUUUUACAGAGAUUCUGCUGCAGUGUCAGGAUUGAGCUCUGGUGUCUCCAUAACACCACUGCAUUUUUACACUGAACCCUACAAUGAUGUAAUAUUGGUAUCCCAUAAACCUAACAGACAUUUCAAGCUGUUUUGUUAUGCUUUAUAUGGGGCUGGAGUGACACAGGCAAACAUUUUCACCCUACCAUUAUGCGCUGUUGCAGAAACAGAGAUGUAACAGACUCACUAUCAACAUGCAAUCUGCAAGGUUUAGGUUAAAGGUUGAAGUCUGCAACAUUAACAAGUUGUUCAGCAGAGAUCUAUGUCUGCUUUUGAAUAGAAGUAAGUAAGAUUGCAUGUCUGGCUUUACUGCAUACUAAAGGUCAAACAUCCUACAGUACAUAGUUUCAUUACGAUCAUUGCAUAGUGUCUAAUUUACAUUUAUAUUAAACACAGCAAACUCAAAUGGCUGUCUGAGGUGGUAAUGUCAUAACUGUAUGAUGUCCUCAUGUUCUUGGGUUUUUAUUGUGACUUAUUCAGAGAUAUUCACUGAAAAUGCACAGCUUAUUGUAGCUAGGUUGUGCCUCGUGUUUAAUAGCACUGCUGUUUCAAAGUUAGAUUGUAUACUCAGUUUUGCUCUUAAACUGUCUUUGUUGACCCUCAGGACGGCUCUGAUUCUGGGCUGUGAGUAUGGCUGUAAGGAUGCAGUGGAGGUGUUGCUGAAGAACGGCAUCGACGUGAAGGCUGUCGACAGUGGAAACCACGACGCUUAUCACUACGCUCGCCUCAGCAAGAACCAGGAGCUUGUUGCGCUGGUCAAAAGUUACCUCGACAAAGCCGCCAGAGGUCAGAUUACUGAACACCAAAACAAUCCUGCUGUCUGUUUAAAAUAAAUGUUAAAAAAAAGAACAUGAUCCCAGGUAAAAAUGAUGACUGAUUAGACUAUUAAAGAAGGGCUAUAAACACUUGACUGUACUGGGCUGCACUAUUGAUUUUCAUGUAUCGUAAAAACAUCUCUUUUAUAGGAUGUAUUCAUUUUUAUUCAUUGAAUAAGGAAAUGUAUAUUUUCUGCUCACUCUGUGCAUGGAUUUUUAAAAACAUUACAUACAACAAGCAUGGGUUUUUUCCAGUUCUUUCAGCGCUUCUCAGUUUAAAAAAACGAAAAAAGAAUACUUUAUAAACUCUAUGUUUGUAUAAUAUAUAUAGAAAAUGUGAUUAAGUAAAUAGCAUCAGAAGAACAUGCUGUGAGCCGAGUGUUAGAAGGGGUUACUUCUACACUGACUGUAUAACUUUUCAAUACCAGUGAUAUCUGUAUUAUACAAAGACAACACAAAGGUGUUGUUAUAACAAAAUACAGUUGUGUCUAUAAUUAAAUACAGCCACAGUCUUAAUUUGAUUGUCUCCUGAUUUCAUAGUUCUUCAGUAGAUGGUUGAUUGCUUACCUUCUCCUUGUUCGCAUAACUUUCCUCAAUCACCCCACAUAUGAUGAUUUACAGAGCUGCUUAGAAAAAUGCUGCUCUGUGAACAAACCUGCUCCUAUCUAAUCUCAAUAACACACUACUGGAGGGAAAAUUAAAGUGUAAACUGAUGUUUUUGUCUUCAUUACAGAGAAAGAGGCAGCGAAGAUGGAACAGUGGAAGCGACAGGUAAUCCUGCAGCAUUCAGACUCACAUCAUCCAUCAACAAAAUCAUGUUUAGCCUGCAGCUGCUGUUAUUCUCUGCACAACUUUGCAUAUUUUUGAGAACCCUUGUGUCAAAACAGCCAAAAUAUUCAAAAAUCAAGGUUACUUGAGACUAUGAAGCCCUUUUCAAAAUUAUGAAGCCAGAGGAUAUCCAGUCCUGGGUUUCUAUGCCAAGAUACUUUGAAGGUUGUGUUUUGAUAUUCGGCCUUUUCAUCCUGUUGAGAUAAACUUCAGACAUUUUUCUGGUAUUUGAUGUAGUUAAGUGCAGCCUCCUCAUCUAUUUCUGAACCUGCCAAGUGUUCCCCGGACUGGUGCUCAGAUGAACACGACUGCCACCUACUGAUGAAAACAGAGUACUUCUGGACUCUUCUGUAGCUUGAGGUGUUGUUAUACCUUUGAAACAAGGCUGUUAAAAAGAUCCUGUUUUAUCUGCAGCAUUCAGUGGAGAGGUCAGAGGCAGCUGAGGCUAAUAGAAGGGAUCAAUUCGUACAUGUAAGUGCUGUUUAGCUUAAACAUCACUCCUAAACAAAAUAUUUUUCUUCUCCUUUUAUACUUUUGCAGCGAUUUUAAUGAUACUCAAACCAGUAAGACUCAAUAAUCAUGAGAACAUCAAAAUCUAUUAGAUAUUGAUUGAUAUAAAGGUAGUUUUUCAUACUAAAGCCGGAUUUUGAGAGGUUAAGUUUCAAAAUUUUAUGUUUUUUUUUUUUUUCAUGGAUGUUUUUGUAGGACUUGGAGAGGCAGAACGAGACCAUGCAGGAGAGUCUCAGAAAGUACCAGCAGGAGCAGAAAGUCCUGCUGGAUAAGGUCAACAUGCUGCAGCAGCAGCUCACACAGGUAAACAAAACAACAACAGAACAAGAGCUGCUGACUGGAUCAAACCAAACAAUUCAAUAAAACCCUCCAGCCAGGCUUGCCCUUUACUGGCUUGCUUUUGUCAGCGCGUAUGGUCCUCUGUGAGCGGUGGGGUGGCUAGUUUGAGGGUGCUGCUAGAAGUAUGUGUGGCACAUAUGACCAUAUGAUUUCCUGGGCUCAGUUAAUGAUGAUAACGGCUGUCAGAGCAGCACUGUUCAGAGAGAUUGGUGUUUUAUUUUUAAACGUUACAUUCAGUGAAAAUAAAAGAGUCAUUGCCAUUUGUUACAGAUCAAGUAAACUCACUCAGAUGACAUUGAACAGCAUUUAGUCAAUUAUAAGCUACUAACAAAUUACUGUAUGACCUUUCCUUUUUAUCUGCAGGAGAAAGUAACAGUGGAAGACACUCAAAAAGAGGUAGGGAACAAUCAUAAUGACUUUUUCACAGCGGGACUCAUUCUCUCGUCUGUUCUGAAGAGUCUGCACUCUAUUCAAAUCAUUUUACAGCAGUAAGAGUCAUCAGAGCGGCUGAUAGACAGUCUUCAGUUAUUGUGUGACCACUAAAAUCUGAAAUUAAGAGCAAUGAAAAGGAACUGGGAAAAAUUCAGGGAGGAUGUUGCUUGUGCUGGUUCACACUCAAAACUGCCCACAUAGAAAGUAAUAGGCUUUCUUUCUAGAUGUGUUGAGAUGCAAUAGCGGCGGAUAACAUCUCACUAUGUCCCAACAUGCUGGAAUCCAAGUGAAGUAAACCAGCAGCUGAGGAUUUUGUGAUUUCCUGUCAUAGAGGAAUAGAGCAAGAGAAAGAUGGAGAGAUAGAUAGAAUGACAAAUGUAACUGGAGCGUUUAAUUUUGAUAAAAGUACAAAUGAGUCAAAUAAAGACAACAUGUCUUUACUGCUGCUGGCUAUGUUAACAUCUUCAAGGAACUAUGCUCCUUAUAAGGCGGCAGAGAUCUCAUUUUCUUAGUUUAAUAGACCAACAGUUGUCUAUAUAUAAAGGUCAACAUCUGAGACACACUGCUUCAGUAAUUUCUCUCUAUUUACCUGUUACAGUAUAUUGACUUUAGAAAUGUCUGUGCUUGCUGAGGAUGAAAAACCCUAUUACUACAUUUCCCUACAGCCUUUGUCUUUAAGACUUAGACAUUAGCUAGUAUUGGCUUCUUGUUGUGUGUGUGUAGUAUUGUGAAGCCAGUUUUACUCCAAACUGUGAGACUGUUGCAGCGUUGUUGAAUUUGAGGCAUCUGCAGUAAUGACAAAAAUAGACAGUAGAGCGCUGAGCAAUUUAGUAGAUGCCUGGCGUAAGAUUGUAAAAGUCAACAGUUAAAGCUGUUUAAAUAUAUUCUUUAUCGCAUUCAUAAUUCUCUAACAAAUCCUGGGAGAUGCAGCCACAAGUAUUUAUUUAUAGAUGAGUAAAAGUUAUUAAAGGGGUUUUAUUCAAAGAGCUGGUUAUUAUAAUAAGUAGUUUUAGGUGUGAACUCAGACCUCUCUAUAUUUGCUUUUUUAUAGUCAGUCACCCAGAAAUGUCUGCUCUCACCCUCACUUUACAAACUCUUUCUGCUUUUGUUUUCUUUGUUAAAUCAGAGGGAGCAGUUGAAGGUGUUACUCAGUGCCAAAGAAAGAGAGGACGGAGCUCGAGGCCUGGAGACCGUCAAGGUCCAGCUCAGGAGCACGCUGGUCAGCAACCUGGUUCUUAUCUAAUUUGUACUUUUUGUUGAGAGGCGCUAAAACCUCAGAGAAAUCAGUGGCUCCUAUAAAACUGAUUUACUUCUCGAUGCCUUUUAUGCUUGUAGAUUUGUUUUUUUAAAUGCUUGUGAAGCUGUGUUGAACUUGUUGUUCUCAGACGUUACAGGUAAAGUCUAAAGUUGUAAAAUGAAGAUAUUCAUUGGAGAUAAUUGGACUGAAUUUAAGAGUUUAAUUGGGAUGAGCAAAAAUAGAAACAUCUAUCCAACACCUUCACAACUUAGGUGCUCCUAAUAAAUACUUGUAACUGCUGUCAGAAAAUCCACCAUAUUGAGUUGAGUUUGAAUUUCGAGUUGAGUUGAGUUUGAAUUUCGUCCAUUUUUAAUGAUUGUGUGCAUGUGUGUGUACUCACAGGGAGACUACUCUGGCCAGUCUGUAAUAAAGGGUAAGUUUUCAUGAACUUUUACCAAAUACAAAAAUAAAUCUGUUUGAUAAUAAAGUAAAAUUCUUCAGCAGAAUAAUUUUAGCUCUGAUUUAUUAUUAUUUUUCUUGCAGGUAAAGAAAACUCUUUCAUCAAACAAGCUCACAGCCUGGACUCUGAACAGGUAGGUUUUAAUCUGUGAAGUACUUACAUAAACAAAAAUAUGUACAUUUAAAAAAAAGUUAAAUUUUCUUGAUCACCCUCAAUAAGAGAAGGAGAACUCUUAUCAUCUUUGGACAGGAAUCAGCCUAAUUCCACCUUUUUGAUGAGUUGUACCAUCAACAAGUGUUCUCUCUCUCUAUCUGCAGAGAGUCCAGAAAGUUUCCAUGGUCCGGUCAAUGUCCAGACCUCAAGAGAAGAGUCCACCUGCUGCGGCCUGGGAUCUCUCUGGUGAACCGGAGGCUCUCCGCCAUGAGCUUGAGGCAGUCAAGAGAAGACAACAGGCUGCAGAGGAAGAGACGGCACGGCUUCAGUCCGCCCUUAACCGUAAAAACCGAGAGUGCCAGGAGCUAGUUCAGAGCCGAGACGCCAUCCAGAAACAGGCUGACCAGCAAGUUCAGGACCUGGAGGACGCCUUGGGAGAGGUCCAGAAGAGGAUGCUGGAUUCUGAGUGUAAGGUCAAGCAACUCCAAGCCCAUGUAGUUGCUGUAAAAGAGCAUUUAGGAGGCCAGGGGACGGAGGACCUGCGUGCCCAGCUGCAGGAUAUCAAAACCAAGUAUGAAGGUGCUUCAGCUGAAGUGGGCCGUGUUCGUAACCGCCUCAAACAAAGUGAGAAGGCUUUGGAGGAGUACAAGACCAGUGAGAGCCAGCUAGCUGCAGAGACGGAGAGACUGAACCAAGAGUUGGGAGCUUUGGCUGCAGAGAGGGACGCAUUAGCAGAAACCUUUAUAGAAAUGGAAGCUCAAUUUAAGGAUACCCAGACUAAACACGGCAACACAGUACCUGCAGAGAAGUUCGACAACAUGAAAAACCUGCUGACCAACGCUGUCGAUGAGAAGGAACGGCAGAUCGCAGAGCUAAGGGAAGACUACGAUCGUGUGCUGGAGGAAGUAGCAGAGCUCCAUCGCAAGCUUGACAGUCCAUCAUCACAGGGAGUAUCUGAGGCGAUAACCGAGGAGCAGCAGAGGGUCCUGGAAGCAUUGGAAGAGCAGAAUGCUACACUGAAAAAGAAACUGGUGGAUCUGACUGCAAAAAGCCAGGCUCUGAUUCAGGAGGUAGAGGAGGGUGAAGAGGAGAGAGAUAUCCUACGAGAGCAGCUAGAUGAGUUCAAUAGCAGGAUUGGGAUUGACCUUAUACCCAUGAAAGACCACGAUGAGGCCCGCAGGAACAUGGUGACGGCUCUGGAGGAGCUGGAGGACAAGCUGGUUGAAGCCAGCGAGCGAUAUGGAAAAGCAGAGGCACAAGUCCAACAGCUUCAGACUGACAGAGCAUUGCUGCAGGAAAAUAUCAGCAGCGUAAAGAGCAGCAGUGAGAAACAGCAGAGCGAGAUGGACGCUCUGAGAUCUCAGAAUACUGACCUGGUGAAGAAACUUGAACUUUUGCAGAAGACAUGCGAUGACAGAGACAAAGAGUGUAUGCAGCUAAGCACACAGAGCCAGACUCUGAAACAGAGCUUGGAUGGAGAGUAUGUUCCUAGACAGCAGCAUGAGCAAGUGAAGAUGGAGUUAAGCUCCACCCUAGAGAAUGUUAAAGCUGAGAUGUUGAAGUUGGAGACCAAGGAGAGAGAAAGUGACAAAGAACUGAAGAAUGUGAAAGAAGGAAACGAUAAGUUGAAAAAAGAGUUGGAAAAAGUUUUGGUGGAGAUGAAAACAGAGCAUAUAAGCAUAAAAGACUUUAAAUCUGCAAUAGACAAGUUGAAUGUUGCUGUGGUGCAGGCAGAGAAUCAGGCAAAUCAAGCAUCAGCCAAGCAUUUGGCGGCUCAGGAGGAAAACAUCAAACUUACCCAAGAACUGGAGGCCCAAAGAAAAGAACUUGAUACCAUCCAGGAAGCUAUCCAGUCGAAGUUUAUUCCACUGACAGCAGCUGAGGAAAAGGAGAGCUCGUACAGCACCCAGGUGAAGGAGCUGACAGCCAAGCUGCUGGAAAUGGAAGAGAAGUAUAACAAAGAAAGGUCUGCUGGAGAGAGCAACAAACAGGAGAAAGAUAAACUCAGAGCUGAGGCAGAGUCACUUCAGCAGAGACUGGACUCUGUUCUGGUCAGCAGUGAGAAGCACAAAGAUGUAGAGGAAGACUUGAAGAAUAAAUUUGAAGAACUGACCCAGAAGUUGGUCAACUUAGAGGAGCAGCACAAGGAGGUAACUCUGCAGAAAGGUGAACUUGAAGAGCAGAACACCCUCUGCAAGUCUCAGAUCCAAAAUCUUCAGGACCGUCUGAAAUCAGAGUUGACUCGUAUUUCAACGUAUGACACAGAGCUUAAAGCCCUCAAUGACGCCGUGCAACAAUCCCAGAGUGACUGCAAGAAAGCAAGAGAGGCUCAGCAGGAGGAGGCCCAGAAGGUUUCUGCCCUACAGAAAGAGCUGCAGGAGCGCCGCGGCGACCAGGCUGCUUUGCAACAACUUUCCAAAGCCAAGGACACCCUGGAGGCUGAAGUCUCUAAGCUUCAGCUGGCCCUCCGUGAAGAAGAGGAGAACAGUGCCCAGAGAGCUGAAGAUGUAUCUGCCCUGCAAUCUGAGCUCCUUCAGGCCACUCAGGCUCUGGAGGAGAUCCACUACACGGACGACCAAAUAAAUCAGCUGAAGAAGGAGAAGCAGCAGCUGGAGGAGGAGGCUGCCAACCUGAGCAACAAACUGCUGAGCCUAGCGGAGGAGUGCGAGGAGGCUCAACAGGGAGCCAAGCGAGCAAGGGAGGGUGAGAGCAGAGCCAGGACAGAGAUGGAGGCCGUCCAGGAGAAGGGACGCGCCAUCGAGAGAGAGAUAAGAGAGCUUAAAGAGAGAUACGACGAGUCGCUCAGCACCAUCUGUGACCUCCAGAGGAGAAUCCAGACAUCAGCUCAGCAGACCGAGGCCAAAGACAAGAAGGUACCCAGAAUAUGACUCUUAAAUUCAACUGUUGAUUGUAAUAUUUAAACUGCAUUUGUUAGAAGAAGGUGGUUUUAUCUUCAGCUUAAAUGAUCUACAAUGCUGCUCUCUGUCUUAACUCAAAGUGCUAUGACCCGUUUUUCUUCCUGAGGUAUAAAUCCUUCUUUCAUGUGCUGUGAUUGAUGGAAUAAUGAAUAAUGUAAAAUGUACAGAUAUUGAUAUUUGUGUUUCUGCGUCUGUGCGUGUACCAGAUCACAGAGCUGCUGACAGACGUGGAGCGAUUAAAACAGGCGCUGAACGGUCUGUCUCAGCUGGCAUACACGAGCAACGCACCCAACAAGAGACAGACGCAGCAAAUCGACACACUUCAAGCCCAGAUCAAGAGCCUACAGCAACAGCUGGCUGUGAGCGGACACACACGACAUUAUGAAAUACGCAUGACACAUCUGCUUCACGUUUUAGAAAAGUCGCUCCGCUAAUUGUCUUAGUUAGUUAUUUAUUUCACGGGAUAAUGCACAUUAAUGAAUAUGUGUGUAAACAUGCCAGAUUGUAGCUAGAUGUCUAUUUCUAUCCGUGGACCCCGGCAGGUUGAUGAUAAACAUCCAGGUAGCAUGUACACAAGAUAUGACUAAACUAAAAUUACACAGAUAUAAACAACAAGUAGAUGCAAAACAAUGCAAAUUACACGACUUAACCACAAACUCACAUAUAAUAAUACAGAGGGUUGCUGUAAAACUAUGCUAAGUGUAAGUGAAUUAUGUGCUUGAAGUGCAAAUGCAGGUGGUAAAAUGCCAGAGCGUUAAAGAGCUGUACUGCUGGUGUAAUGCGCUUGAUGGUAGGGGAGUUGGUGUAAAUUGCACCUUUGCCCCAUGCACGUUGAUUUAAAGUGCUAGUGUAAUUGCAAAUUGCCUUAUUGAACAAAAUUGCAUAAAAGGAGAUGAUUAUGUGUUUAUGCGAUCGCAUAGAGAUAGCGUAGAUAGAGUUUUUAUGUAUGUGAUGUUGCGCUCCUAUUCUCGGAGGUAUCUGAAAAUCAUGCAUCCCAGUUUUAUUCUCUGUCCACUGUCUUUUCUUAUCAACAGAGUCUUAAAAUGCCCCCGAAAAAUAAAAGAAAGGGUGCACUAACAAAAUGCAAAAUGUUGUGUUUCAUCAAACGGUCAUAUUUUUGGUACAAACACAGAGAAGUGAAGGACUCAUAACAAUGUUUCUCUCUUUUCUAUCUCUUCUGCUUGAAAAGGAUGCUGAGAGGCAACACAGGGAGGUGGUUUCAAUUUACCGCACUCAUCUCCUCAGUGCAGCACAGGUAAGUUCAGCUUAAAAACCUCUUGUAAAGGCCAAACUACUCACUUUCCUCUUUGGACUAAACAUCAUUUCUACAAACAAUCACAUUCUCUUUUUCUAAAAUACUUCAGUUUUUAUAAAGUCUUUGAUACCUGACAGGAGGAUUUCGAGAACCAAAACCGUAAGAAGGUUAAACCCUUACACCCAGAAUAGCGAAUUUAUAACAAACAUCUCAAUAGAGCAAUCAUGAAAAACAGCUAACUUAAUUCGCCUUGGUUAACCAUGUGAUUUCUAACGAAGCUUUUCAGUGUGAAAUCAACAUUCUCAGUGCCUUCCCCUGCAACACUUAAUAGUUUCUUACACAGUAUUGGUCAGCUCGGUCUUAAAACCUCUUUCAGCUCCAUAAUUAGCUCAUCAAGAAUCCCCACCGCUGCCCCCUGCAGCACAAAGUUACUGCUGAGAAAUACAGUCUGUCCAACUUGGAAACCACCAGCUCAGAACAUCUCUAACACAUGGUGGCUCUGAGACAGCAGCUGCAGCGUGACUCGAAGUUCACUUGCAGUCAACAUUACCAGGAGCUGAAUCAGAUCUGAGGUUGUCUGGCAGCCCGUCAGUGCACAUGAGAACAGUAACCGAUCAUAGCAACAUAGAGAAAAAAUUGUGUGAAUGACUGCCGAUAGUUGGAGGCAGUAAUACGCAGAUGGAUGACUUAAAUGGGUGGCGAUCUUUUAGGAGCAGGCUUCCAAUUCAUUUAACAAAACAGACACAGACUCACUCAGCCCACAUGAUUGAGAUAAUGGAGGUGUAAGAGAACGACAGCUUUUAGCGGCUGAAUCACAGAACCACCUGCAGCAUGAAAAUUAACACUCAGAAGACAAAGAAGCAGAUGAACAGAUGUACUCUGACUUUUUGUCUCGUAGGGUCACAUGGAUGAGGACGUCCAGGCCGCCUUACUGCAGAUCAUCCGCAUGAGACAGGAGUUUGUGUGUUAAAGCGUUCACCCAACAAACACAAGUUACUACCUGCUGACUCCAAUUCUCCAUUAUUACAUCUCUCACUGCAGUGUGUCCUCACUGUGGCCCCUGUGGGUGCCCAGUGUGUGUGUGUGUGUGUGUGUGUGUGUGUGUGUGGGAGCGUGUGUGUUUCUGUGUGAUGAGUGUAUUUGUGUGUUUAUGUAUCAGCAAAGUUUCUCCAAUCUGGCUGCUCUGACGUCCAUCCUCUUCAUUCGUACUUUGCCUUCCAAAGUUUAAAGCUCUGUGUUGUGGGUGAAAGUGAAAAACCAACGCCUUAUGUCAUCAUUAAUAGAAACCGCAAUGAAUUAAGAAAGCUUUCGUAUCCAUUCAUUAACUCUGAUCUUGUUUGGUGAUCUUCAUCAACGCAGGAACGUUUUCUAUGCAGCACAUAUGAGGAACGCUGUUUGAGUGAACAUAUCUGUUAAAUCUGUUCUAAAAGAUUAAGCCAAUCAGUUUAUUUCUAUGCAGCUUUAAUCCAAUUAACUCAGCAACGUGACGUGAUGAAACGCAGGUCCCUGUCGUGGAUUAAACCUCCUUCAAUGCUUAGCUGGAAUGUAAAACGGACAUGAACACAAAAAACACUUUUCACAUUCCCACCUGACAGUCAGCUCUCUCACACAGUGGCCAUUUUUGUUUGUGUUUGAGAACAAUGUGUGCUGGAGUUUGAGGAACAGGUUCACAUUUUUCAAAACCCCUUUCCCUAAAACUGUGUCCUUGUGGAGCUGCAGGGACAAAACAGCGACAAAAAGAGUCAAUUUGUACUUAACACUGAAACUUGGUGAUCUGAUCUGAUCUGAUCUGACAGAUUUUCUGAGGGAUUGAGUUUGUGUAUUUUGCCCCUUGCAUUGAAAACACAUUAGUAAGUCGCCCUUUAAUGUUCAGUCUCAACAGGAGGAACUAUUACAGCAUGUAAAAACCUUUUUCAAUGAGAUUGUUGAUUUUAAACAGACUUGGGAGAACUCUCAUCCUUUCCUUGAAUACAAUAUUAAGAUGGUUGUCUGUGCACUGAGGUCUUUGUGCGAAAAUACAAGUGUGAACUCGGCUGAUCAAGCAGCUUCUUUCUUAUAUCCCCCUUUGUGUUCCUCCACACAGUGAUUCCUUGCUGAGCCGCAGGGAAAUCACUAACAAAAAGAACAACCUGCCACAAUCUCAGACACCUGAUAUCCAGGUGUUUUUCUCGCUUGUUACUCUUCUCCAGGUGAUUAUGGACACCAGGGUAGCGGUUAAAAAUGGAGGCGAAAGAAUUCAAACCUGUCCUUUCACAUUUUCUCACAGCAGUUGUAACGCCUCUGCUACUUUUUUGGGACUGAACUGUCUUCAGUGGCGCGUUUUCAUCUUGUGGAGUCCAAAGUAGCACAUUGAAAUACUCCAAAUACCAAAGAUCUGAAGAGGGAGAAAACAUCCAAAUCUUUUUUCACUCUUUUAUAGUCGUGGUUCAUGUUGUGAUGUGACAGAUAUGGAGAGCUCUCAGUUAUGUUGCUCACUCAGAGCAUCAAGUCUGGACAUGGUUUGUGCUGGAUCUGAGUCACAGGGUGUGGAGUGGAGAUCUCUUGCUGUGUCCUACAGUUUGCAGUGGCACGUCGUCCUGUUUGUUGAAUCCAGAGUGUCCUCUAGUGGUGAAACUUGGCAGGCCAAGUUGAUAGAAAAUGUAAUAGUCAGUGUGGACCAGGGGUAGGCAGCAGUGGCUCUAGGAAGCUGUGAUGUCUGCGUGCUUGAGCUCAAGAACAGGGAAAUGUGACAUCAAUCUUACAGGAAGUUAAUGUGAUGAUUAACAUGAAUUUAUCUGCUUUUAAAUGCUGCUUCAUCUAUCUUUAUUGAAAUCAAACCCCUAACAAAUACAAAAAAAAAAUGUUUGAACUAAAGCUUGACUUCAUAAAAAAAACUUGAUUCUGCUGCAGUGACUUCGGCAGCCUUCCUAGAUGAAGUGUUGCGUACCCCUGAGCCCGCUCUUUGUGACUCUUUGUGACGGUGUAGUGUAGUGGUGUUGUGAUUGUUGAGCGAGUCUCUCAUGCCUUUACACUGAUAUAUUUUUCAUAGAUUUGUACUUCUUUAAUUACUGUACUACAGUGUGAAAAUUCUGAUAUUCAGCAGGUCUGGAAGUAGAACGGCACAAACACGUUCAGGGUAACAUUUACCAUAGGAAGCCAUUAAAAAAUUGAUCAAAUCCCCUUUAUUUAUGUGGUAAUGAUUAGUUAUUUGAAGCACUCCUGUCUAUUUCAUUCUAAUAACACACUUUACAAUGAAAAAUCUUUUGUGCUCUAUUUUUAUAUUUUGGCCAAAUCACUUUACAUGAGCUGGAAGUUUGGAAAACGACAGCCUGUGCAUUUUAUAAUGCAGAUUUUUGGGGGGUACCACUAUCUUUUUUUUUUUUAGUAUUUCUUUCUGUCUUCCCUUGACUGUUAACAUUGACUAUAGACUGAAAGCAGGUAAAUUUCCUCAUCAAUAAACUGUAAUCAAUCUGUUUGUUUUUUUGGCAGUAAUAUUUGUGUUUGUGAAUCUCUAAUACAAAUUCAAUUAAAGUGCCUAACAUAGAAAACUACA